AUGGCCCAGGCCGGAGGGGAGGUCGCCCGGGAGCUGCAAGGUAGGGACCUGCCUUUUUUGGGGGGGUGGGGGUGGGAUGGAGUGGAGAGAUCCCCCCCCGCAGGGCUUCCCCUCUCCUCAUCCAUCCUCAUCCCCGCAGCCCCCAGCACCAUCCAGGGCACAAUCUUUGGCGACCCCCCUCCUCCUCUCUCCAUCCCUCCAGCAACACUCCUCACCCCUCAAAUACCCCGGGGAGAAAUGGUCUAAAGGGUUAAAUCCACCACCCCCCAUUUAAAACACCUGUGGGCCCCCCUCCCGCACGCUGCCUCCCCCCCCCCCCAAUUCUAGCGCCCCAUAAAAAUUUAGGGCCACCCUCCCCAGUUCGCACCCUCCCCGGGGAAAUCUCUCUCCCCCCCGGGUUUGGAAAUAUAGCUGCGUCCCUCUCAUUCCCCCCCUCUCUCCAACAGGUGAAUUGGCUCUUCCCAAAGCACCCCCCCUAAUUCUCAGGGCGAGCAAAUGGUUGCUGCCCCAGAAACGCCCCCCCCACAUGGUACCCAACCCCAUCACAGGGAACUACGUUGGCUCCUCUUAUUAUUAUUCCUGCCCCCCAUGGAUGGAGGGCACUGCUCCAUUCUCUCCCCCCCCCAUAAAGACACUCCAAGGCUCCUAGCCCCUGCCCCACCCAGGUCAAGAUCCCCCCCUCCCUCAGUGCAAGGAAAAGGUCUCCCCUCCUUUUCUACACCUAGACACCCCCUCUUUACCUUCAGUCGCCUCCCAACCCAGUUCCUAGGAUGUGACCACUGUGAUGCAGGCUCUCCCCACAGAUAUACUCACCCCCCCAGCUGAACCUCCAAGCUGUCUCUCUGCUUCUCUCAACACCCCCCCACCCAAUUAAAUCCCACCGUCUUCCCAACCUACCUAUCACCUUCCUGUCAUUCCAGCUCCAGGGAUAAUCCAAAAGUCCGUGGGGAGCAGUGUGUAAAUCCUACCUGCCCCCCAUCACCCCACUUCUUUCCUCCCCCCCCCUUGAAAAAUACCUCCCUCAACCCCAAACCUUCCCUCCCUCCAAUCUCCUGCAAGCUCUCAUCCAAGGGGAAUGCCCCCCCCCUUGCAAUUGCUUUUAUGGCCAUUGCAAUUCAUUUCUCUGCAAACGCCCCCCCCCCUGCACAAUUCCCUGUUCAGGGGCCUGGAUUUUCCCCUGCCCACCCCCUUCCCUGGUACUUAAGCCCCUUCCCAUCUCUCUCUCUCUCACACAUAACAUUCAAUCUUGCAGGCUGUAUCACUUAAUGGCUCUUCAGGAGAUAGCUGGGUCUCCCCUGGGGAGGGGGGAGGGCCAGAACUCCUGGGUUCUUUCCAGGGGUAGAGUAGAGUGGGGGUGGGAGGUAUGGGGUGGCCCUGAUCCAGGACUCCUGGGUUUCCGCGCUGGGAAAGGGAGCUGUUUCUCUGUAUCUGCUCACACUUCCUGCUUGCUAUAAUAGUUGAUUUAUUGCUGAAGGCUGCCUGUGGGUUAAUGGGUUGUCUCUUGAGGCUGUAUAGGCUCUGGUGUGCCUCUCUCUACACACACACACACACACACACACACACACACACACACACACACUCUUCCUGCUGUUGUCACUCCUGGCGUGUCCCUGCUUGGAUAUCUGGGAACAGAGAGGAAGAGAAGGUGUCGAGACACAACUGGGAUGGUGUGUUUGUGUGUGUGUGUGUUUUGCCAUAUCCCUUUUGUGUGCAUGCGUGUGCACACACCCACACACCAAGGAUCUCCCCAGGAGUCAGAGAGAAGCACGCAAAACCAUGCACGCAAUCCUGCACCCCCCCCACUUGAAAAUGAAAAACACCAUUGACACACCCAAAGUUCAAGUGAAUUUCUCAUCUGCCUAUCUACUACUUUGAUCCGCUGAGCCGUGGUGGGUCAUAGGAGAAGCUGGCUGCUAGCAGCUCAGACUGCUUGCCCCCCUCCAGCCCAGGAUUAUGGACUCUGGCUGAAAGCUCUUUUCCAGGGUGUCAGGUGGGGCGGGGGGGGAGAGAGGUCUUUCUGCCCCCCCCCAUUAUUACCUGGUCUCUGAACCUUUGGAGGGGCCUAAAAUGGGCCCCUCCCCAAAUAGAUCUGAGCCCAACAAAUGCCAUUCCAAACACCCACCCCGUGACCCAUAUAUCCACAUAAUCUGGCCUUGCCCAAGCGACCCACAGUUUUCUCACAGGGGUCGGCUCCCUCCUUCCCGAUCUCUGUUUCCAUUUGCCAGCCUGUCUUUUUAAGGCCGGGCUUCGAUGUUAGUCCUACUCAGAGGAGACCCAUUGAAAUGAACAGGCCUCGGUUUGCCCCCAAUCCCAUCUGUUUCUUGAGUGUGCGAAAGGGAACAAAUUGAAGGAAGCUUAUCCUUUUUUUCUUUUUUACAAUGCUUUCUCUGGUCAAUUUCAGUUGCAAAAAAGAGAGAGCGAAAAAACCUGUGUGUGCGUGUUUAUGUGAUGCUUAUGAAUGUUCUAGAUGAUAGCAGGAGAAGCUGCGAGCGCCUUCGGCAUCUUCACACACACACACACACACACACACACACACACACAAUGCAACCGCUUUGCUUCACGACAACAGCAACGAAUAAACACAUCUUCGCUCCAGAAGGAGAGCUUCCGGGGCUUAUGCUUACGACUUCAGAAAUCCAGUUUCCCAUCUUGGCCACGUGGCGAGGCGGAAGGUGCUCUCUGCACGUGCUCAGAGGCAUUCUCUCCCCUUGCAGUCACUGCACAGAGCCCAGCAGCAGGUGUUAAGUAAACACCGUGUUGCUGCUUUCGCCUUCUGCAUUCAUAAAAACCAGGCAGUAGGGCAUGACACACUUGGAAGGUGCAAAGGCGAUGUCACACUUCUUCCUGGGAUUUCUCUCUCUCACACACACUUUCACACACACACACACACACAGCCUGCCAGAUAGUAAAUAAAAUGAAUGGAGACUCCUGUAUUUAAAGAGGCGGGCACACAUGACUGCUGUGUCUAAAUGGCUGCUUUCAACUCCCCUCAAAAUGAGCGGGUGGAACUCAAGACGGUGACAGAGCAGACUGUGUCACUUCACUUGGCAGAGAGGGGGUGCUGCUAUUCUAUUCCCCCCCCCAAACACACAGGAAGGUGCCAUUUGUCCACCUAGCUGAGUAGGUCUACACCACCGUUCUUCAACCUUGGGUCCAAAAACGCUGUUGGACUACAAAGCCCAUCAUCCACAGCCAGCUUAGGCAGCGGUCAUGGAUCAUGGGAAUUGUAGUCUAACAACAUCCGGGGAUCCAGUAGGUUGCAUGACACCCAAAAGAUGCUUCAUGAAGCCAUGACUCAUUGGUGGGGAGGCUGUGGCCCCCCGAAGCGUGUUUGACCACAACUCCCAUCGUCCCCGAGCUGUGGGGCACAUAGCGUCCAAAAUGUUAUUUAAGGUAACUUACUAUAUUCCUGAAUCGGACCUAGACCAGGAAGGGAGCCCUCCCCAUCAUUCCUUUAAAAGAAAUUCACUGUUAAUUUAUCGCUUGCACAUUUAACAAGGGACAGAGAAAAUGAAGAAACGAGGUGAAUUAAAAAAGAAAAGGGAAAGGGAACGCAAUCAUAAUAAUAUGCAAAAAAAGUACUAACUACAGCAGUAAAAUAUUGGAGGCAGGAAUCCUUCUGAAUGCCAGAAUGCCACAGGAGAGGAGAGGGAUCUUGUGUUCAAAUCCUCCUUGCAGGUUCCCCACAGGCUUCUAGCUGGCUGCCGUGAGAACAGGGCACUGGGCUGGGGGUGGCCAUAGGCCUCAUCUAGCAAGCCUUCCUUAUUUUCUUAAAUCGCCCUGCGGACACAGCAACCAUCCAGACACGGAUCUUAAAUUGAACAUCAGCCCUCCAGGCGCCAUAGAGGGAUCCAAACAAGUUUGAUGUCUACAUGAAACAAGUCGCCGAAGCGCUGAGGCCCUCAGACCAUUGUGUGAUAGUUGGCGGGUGCUUAUCCUUCCAACGCAUAACUCUCGGAGCAAAGUCCCUUCUGUUGUCCCAUCAGCCAUGACGACUGAGGCUGACGGGGGUUCCUCAACCACCCCACAUGCCUCCUCUGCCUAAUGACAGGACCGGCUCUGGCCCAACCUAAACAGAAUGCUCUGAAAAGACUGGAAGUUUUGUUUCUGGCCUUUUCCCUAAUGAUUCCCUGUGUGAAGUCCGUCUUUUUCAGAGCUGCCCCUCUCUGGGUUGGCAUUUUCAUUCAGCUAUUCACCGUGACCCUGAGUUCCCUUCUUGGGCAGUCGCCACCAGCCCAGGCCCCUGUCAGUGCAUAUUUGAGGGGGGGGGGUUUACAUCCCUUUACAUUUACAUUGUAUUUCCUUUCCCAUUUUAACCCCCACCCCCCCGGUUUAGAAAAAUCCUUUUGGAGCAUCUUACCAUCUUUUUAGGGUUGCGGGUGGCACUGUAGGUUAAACCACAGAGCCUAGGACUUGCCGAUCAGAAGGUCAGCGGUUCGAAUCCCCACGACGGGUUGAGUUCCCGUUGCUCGGUCCCAGCUCCUGCCCACCUAGCAGUUCGAAAGCAUGUUAAAAGUGCAAGUAGAUAAAUAGGUACCGCUCCGGUGGGAAGGUAAACAGUGUUUCCGUGCGCUGCUCUGGUUCGCCAGAAGCGGCUUAGUCAUGCUGGCCACAUGACCCGGAAGCUGUACGCCGGCUCCCUCGGCCAAUAAAGCGAGAUGAGUGCUGCAAUCCCAGAGUCGGCCACGACUAGACCUGAUGGUCAGGGGUCCCUUUACCUUUACCUUUACCUUUACCAUCCUUUUAGGUACACGGGUGGCGCUGUGGGUUAAACCAUGGAGCCUAGGACUUGCCAAUCAGAAGGUCGGCAGUUCGAAUCUCCAGCCACUCUAGGCAGCUUCCAACAAAAUAUUAAAAUACAGUAAUGCAUCAAUAUUAAAAUAUACAGAGCCUAGGACUUUGCCGAUCAGAAGGUUGGCGGUUCGAAUCCCCGCGACAGGGUGAGCUCCCGUUGCUCGGUCCCAGCUCCUGCCCACCUAGCAGUUCGAAAGCACGUUAAAAGUGCAAGUAGAUAAAUAGGUACUGCUCCAGUGGGAAGGUAAACGGCGUUUCCAUGCGCUGCCAUGGUUCGCCAGAAGCGGCUUAGUCAUGCUGGCCACAUGACCGGGAAGCUGUACGCCGGCUCCCUCGGCCAAUAAAGCGAGAUGAGCGCCGCAACCCCAGAGUCGGUCACGACUGGACCUAAUGGUCAGGGGUCCCUUUACCUUUACCUUUACCAUCCUUUUGGGGGGGUGUCACCUGCAAACGUGGGUCGCCUCACUGCUGACCCCUAAGUUGAGCAAGUUCAAAAGCACAAGUCCCCCUUCAGAUCCUUAGAGGACACCUACUUCCUACUUCCCUCCGUUGUGAGAACUGUGAAUUUGUGCUUCCUGUUCUUUAGCUAGUUCUCCAUCCCUACUCAUCCUCUCACUCGGUUGCUCCUAAGAUUACGAAAAAACCUUUGGAACUUGUUGAAAACUCUUUUAAAGUCCAAGUGCACAAUGUCUACCCAAUCAACACUCUCCUCGUGCUUAUUGAUACCCUCAAAUAACCCCAAAAUGUUAGAGAGGCGGGACUUCCUGUUACGGAAGCCAUGCUGCUUUUUCUUCAGCAAGGCUUGUUCUUCUUCGUGCCUGAUCAUCUGAGGCCUUCUGCCAGUUUACCUGGAAUGCCGCAUUAAGCUAACUCGUCUGUAAUUUCCUGGAUGCUCCCUAGAUCUCCUUUAAAAAUUUUUUUAAAAAUCAGUGUUAGAUUGGCUACUUUCCAGUCCUCUGAUAUGAAGACAGACCUAGGAUCAAGUUAACAUAUUUUUGUUAGAGGAUCAGCAGUUUUGCAUUCAAGUUCUUGGGUGGAUGCUAUGUAUCUCUACGGAAUGAUUUGUCAAUUGUUCGUUUUGCCAAACCUCUGCUUACCUGACACAAAAUCGGUUUUUCAGAUCCCACCCCACAGAAAAAUGGGUUCAGACGUGUGUGUGUGUGUGUGUGUGUCCUACAUCAUCUUAAGUUAGACACAGAUUAAUCCUGCUUUUCUAUAACCUCCAUGUCCUGUCCUUUCGCUCCCUUGCUGCCUAGUGGUCUAGCCACCCCAGCCCCUGAUGCUUUAAAUACCGUAUUUUUCGCUCUAUAAGACGCACCAGAGCACAAGACGCACCUAGUUUUUGGAGGAGGAAAACAAGAAAAAAAAUAUUCUGAAUCUCAGAAGCCAGAACAGCAAGAGGGAUCGCUGCACGGUGAAAGCAGCAAUCCCUCUUGCUGUUCUGGCUUCUGGGAUAGCUGCGCAGCCUGCAUUUGCUCCAUAAGACGCACACACAUUUCCCCUUACUUUUUAGGAGGGAAAAAGUGAGUCUUAUGGAGCAAAAAAUACGGUAUACUGUUUUGGUUGGCCUUAAUACCUUUAUCAAUAUGCUGCCCAGAUUUCCUCUUCACUUCCUUGCUCGCCAACGUCACAUUUGCUUCUCCAGGUUUUGUGCUUCUUCUUUUUCUGUUCUCCGCAGUUGGGCAAGCCUUCAGGUUUUUUUUGAAAGAAGCCUUUCUUCCCCUUUUCAUAGCUUCCUCGAUGCUGCUAGUUAACCACAUUGGCAUCCGCUUCAACUUGACAGCAUUAAAAAAAAAAAAAAUAGCUUAAGCUUCUACUAGGGUGGUUUUAAAUAAGCUCUGUGCAGUUUGGAGAGAUUUUGCUGGAUUUAUCUCCCCUUUCAGCUUUCUUUCUAUCGCCUCCCUCAUUUUGGAGAAGUUUAUUCUUUUGAAGUCAAAUGCGACUGUGCUUGGAAUCAUAUCUGGCUGUUGUCUGCUUGCGUUUGUGUUGAAUUGCAUUGCUGGUUGCUGCUUCCAUUCGGUUCAACGAUAUGCCCAUCUCAUACCAGGUUCUAGGUGCUACUUCAAUUAUUAUUAUUAUUAAUAUUAAUUAAAAUUUUAUACCGCCCUUCAUCCAAAGAUCACAGGGCAGUACGCAACAUACUGUAUUUUUCGCCCUAUAGGAUGCACUUUUCCCCCUCCAAAAAUGAAGGGGAAAUCUGUGUGCGUCCUAUGGGGCGAAUGCAGGCUUUCGCUGAAGCGUGGAGAGCGAGAGGGGUCGGUACGCACCGACCCCUCUCACUCUCCACGCUUCAGGAAGCUAUCAGCAAGCCUGGGGAGCCUGCGGGAGUUCCCACAGGGCUCCCUAGGCUGCGGAUAGCAGCCUGCUGCCCAGAUCGCGGGGCGCGCUGAAGCAAAGCGCCCCGCGCUUCGGGCAGACAUCCGCGGCUGGGGGGGGAUAAUUUUUUUCCCUUUAUUUCCCCCCCAAAAAACUAGGUGCGUCCUAUGGGCCGGUGCGUCCUAUAGGGCGAAAAAUACGGUAUUAAUAUAUAAUGGUCAGGGGUCCCUUUACCUUUACCUUAGGGCUCAAAUUAUUUUUCCGAUUCAGUAUUCCUACUCACAGUAGGUAUAAGAGGUAAUUUAGGUCAUACCUGCACCAUGAGCCAAAAACCCGGUCAUAGCAGUCCUGGGGAAUCCUGGCAAGUGUAGUUUGUUAACCUUGCUGGGAAUUGUAGCUCUGUGAGGUCAGCAACCAUCCACAAACUACAGUCCCCAGGAGUCUUUGCGGGACGUAGAGAAGCUGUGACAAAGUGGUACAAGAGCGCUCUAAAUGGAUGUUGUGUCUGUGAUGGACUGAUGCUAGAGAGGCAACUUACACACCAUCCGAAAACAGGAUAAAAGAGGGUUUAGAUUUGUGUAAAAUCUGUAUAUUCUGAUUCAUAUGCAAGUUUAGAAAGAAUUGCUGUAAUUUAGAUAGAAGUGUGAUCCAUCUCGUCAUAGUGGGGGAAGCUAUGUUUGUUGUUGAAGUGCUAACUGUUGAUGGGCAAUUUUGCUCUCCCUUCUUAGGGUUUUGUACUGGUUUUGUACUGGACAGCCUUUCAGAUAGAGGAGCGCCUGUUUAAAGUAGGGCAGCCAGCCUCAGUUGCUUAAUACUACUACUAAUAAAUUUAUUAUUUAUACCCCGCCCAUCUGGCUGGGCUUCUCCACCCACUCUGGGCAGCUUCCAACAAAAUAUUAAAAUACAGAAAUGCAUCAAACAUUAAAAGCUUCCCUAAACAGGGCUGCCUUCAGAUGUCUUCUAAAAGUCUGGUAGUUGUUGUUCUCUUUGACAUUGGGUGGGAGGGCGUUCCACAAGGCGGGUGCCACUACCGAGAAGGCCCUCUACCUGGCUCCCUGUAACUUGGCUUCUCUCAGGGAGGGAACCGCCAGAAGGCCCUCGGCGCUGGACCUCAGUGUCGGGGCAGAACGAUGGGGGUGGAGACGCUCCUUCAGAUAUACUGGACCCAGGCCGUUUAGGGCUUUAAAGGUCAGCACCAACACUUUGAAUUGUGCUCGAUGUGCUCCUCACUCCUCCUCUGACCUGCCAAAUUCUCUUUCCCGUCGACGAUUUCCUAAAGCGAACCAGGAAACCGUGGUUUGCGAACCAGCCGUGGUCUCAAGGCAUCCAGGGCCGGCUAGUCUCAGUGCAGAUGCAACAGUAAACUGUGGUUAUAGCAAACUAUGGGAGGGAGAAGGGGAAUUUGCAUGUUAGGUGGGAAGAGGAAAGGGGAGCAUGCAAGCUUCUGCCACAUUCCUGCUUGUGAAACCAUGGUUUGGCGUGCAGAGAGGAUUGCCCCUGAAACCAGAUCGCUAUCACCGCCAGAAGAGUCUCGGCUCUUACAGCUUCACAUCUGAAAUCCCGAGACCUGCAAAAUGUCUCAGCCCACGCUGCUCCUUGAUGCGCCAGCACGGAGGAAUAAUUUAUAAAGAUGCCAUCAGUAAUCCAAAACACGGACCUCUCUGCUGGGACUGGCUCUUAAAGAGCGUUCAGGAAAAUGCAGAUGUGUGCGGCGCAGAGCAAAUAGGAAUCCAUCUCAAAUCACCCCCCACCCCCGUCUCACAUGUACAGCGCUAAUGCUGCUUUUAACCAAAGCACACCAGCUCUAAGCGCCCAUUUAAAUCCCCUAAUCCGGCUCAAAACAAAAUUGCAAAGGUGACCCUACCAAAUCACUAAAAGGACACGCCGCAGGUUGGUGUUGCUGUGUGUAUAUUUUUUUAUUAAAAGGCUGCAGGCAUCUGCCAGGGCUUUCGGUGUGAAGCAAAGGGGCGUUUGUUGCCUCAAGCCUUACGAUAUGCAUUGGCAAAACUUCCUCCCGCCUUGAGGUUUUGUUGCCCAAGUGCCUCUCUGGGUGUUUUUGUGUGUUUUUUUGUGGGGGAGUGGGAUGGGUUGCUUCUCCCCCCCCUUUUUUCUUGAGACAUAGCACAGUUCAGACAGGAAGAAGCCAAGACAUGGAAAUCUAAAAAUGAACACCGUUUCCCCCUUUCCCUGAGCAUAAUUGCUCACGAGAGAAAUUAGGUCACAGCACCCCAAUCCUAGAUGCUGCUUCUUCUUCCUCCCAAAAAAGGACACUGUGAGGGUUGCUGCUGUUGCGAUCUAUUUGUCCCGCCUUCGCGCUGAGAAGCACUGGGGCCAGGAUUUGGGGAGGGGGCUUGGCACCCUCUGAUGGGGUAUAGAAUCAUAGACUCAUGGAACCAUAGGCUUGGAAGGGACCCCAAGGGACAUCUAGUCCAACCCCCAGCAAUGCAGGAAUCUCAACUAAAGCAUUCAUGAGAGAUGGCCUCCCAACCUCUGCUUAAAAACCUCCAAGGAAGGAAAGUUCGCCACCUCCCGAGGGAGGCCAGCUCCUUACUGCCGGAAAGUUCUUUUUGAUGUUUCGUUGGAAUCUCUUUUCUUGUAACUUGAAGCCAUGGGUUCGAGUCCUACCCUCCAGAGCAGGAGAAAACAAGCUUGCCCCACCUUCCACAUGACAGCCCUUCAGAUAUUUGAAGAUGGCUGUCGUAUCUCCUCUCAGUCUCCUCUUUUCCAGGCUAAAGAUACCCAGCUCCUUCAACCGUUCCUCAUCAGGCUUGGUUUCCAGACCCUUCAUCAUCUUGGUUGCCCUCCUCUGCACACACAUUCCAGCUUCAAUCCUGGCACCCAGAACUGGGCACAGUGAUCCAGCUGUGGUCUUGAGCAAGGCAGAAUUUGGGCGGCGCUAUUACUUCUCUUUAUCCGGACGCUAUACUUCUGCUGAUGCAGCCUAGAAUAGCAUUAGCUAUUUUGGUGAUGCAUCACAGUGUUGACUCAUGUUCAGCUUGUGGUCCACCAAGACCCCUAGAAUCCUUUUCACAUGUACCGCUGGCAAGCCGGGUGUCCCCCAUCUUAUAUUUGUGCACCUGGUUCUUCCUGCCUAAGUGCAGAACCACCUGACAUUUGUCCCUACUGAAAUUCGUUUUGUUCGUUUGGGCUCCAGUUCUCCAACCUAUUAAGGCCACCUCGAAUCCUGAUUCUGUCUCCUGUGGCGUUGGCUACCCCACCCAGUUUGGUGCCACCUGCAAAUUUGAUGAGUAUCCCCUCAAUUCCUAUUUUGGGAGAGCUGGCACCUAGCAGGCCACACCUGCUCGCCUCUGAUUCUCUGUGCAAAGUGGAAAUUGUUGCACCCUUAGGGUGGCAGACCCUGGCAAUAGUCUCACCAUACCACUUUCUUGAGCUUGGCCCUGCCUCCAAGGAGCUGUGGGGAAAGUGCACGGUUCCCCCCCACUUCAGGCUGGGCUGAGAGAAUGAACGUGAGCGGCUCAGGGUAUUGAAAGAGGCCGAGUCAGACCGAUGAAUCACACAGAUUCAGCAGCCAUCUUCCCCUGGGGACGGGUGUUUGGUGCCCGUAAUACCCAUUACACAGUUUGGGAUGUAGCUGGUGAUUCGAGAGAUUGAUGGCAGAGAUGGGCUAUCGUUGGCUAACAGCUAAACCAGGUGAUUCAAAACAUCAGCGAUCAGAAGCAAGAUGCUUCUGAACAGCUGUUGCUGCAGGAGACCUCUGCUCACUUGUGGGAGAAGAAAAGUCUCAGGAGUAAUAAUAAUAAUAAUAAUAAUUUAUUUAUACCCUGCCCAACUGGCUGGGUUUAUCCAGCCACUCUGGGCGGCUUCCAGCGGAAUAUCAAACUACAAUAACCUAUUAAACAUUAGAAGCUUCCCUAAACAGAGCUGCCUUGAUUUUUAGAAGACAUCUGGUCUUCUAAAAAUCUGGUAGUUGUUUUUCUCUUUGACAUCUGGUGGGAGGGCGUUCCACAGGGUGGGUGCCACUACCGAGAAGGCCCUCUGCCUGGUUCCGUGUAAGUUGGCUUCUUGCAGCGAGGGAACCGCCAGAAGGCCCUCGGCGCUGGGCCUCAGUGUCCGGGCAGAACGAUGGGGUGGAGAGGCUCCUUCAGUAAACCAUACACAAAUCCGGAGUCCUUAAGACGGUUGGAUGGUGCCUUGUUCACCUCCUUCCAGCAACUCCUGCAGCUGAGUUGGUGCCCAACGCCUUGCUCUGCUUUCCUUUGGACCACAUCAGCGAGACUGGCAGGGGGGUCUUGUCAUCUGGGCAGCCCAGGACCUCCAGACACCCUGGCCAGGCUUGUGUGCCAGGGAGGUCACUUUUGUGCUGCUAGUGCGGCUGUUUGUGACUUCACCCCCGGAGGUACACUUCAUUGUCUCUGGAGACAGACAGAUGCCAAGCACGCAAGCUAAAGAUCACCCAGCGCAUAGUUCAGCUAUGGAAUUGGUUCCCACAUGGUGUGGUGAUGCCAUCAACUUCAGGCGAAAAGAGGAUCAGAGAAAUUUAUUCUCACGUUCUUACACCUAGAUAUACUGGAGGGGUUGUGCCUCAGACCCUAGACGCUUGUCGUGCGAAGCCCAGUGGCCUGUUGCAGAGCUAUGGCCCGUCCCCCUGUUGAGGGAAGGCCAUGCUGUGUACGCUCAGAGGCACUCUUUUUGCUGUCCGCUCUGCGUGUGCUCAGGAGAUGAAUCCUGGGUUUCUUGGCUACUUACGGCCGGAUGGAAAGAGGGAUUCUUCAGAUGAACAGUUGUGAGAAUGGCGCUAGGUGGUUGUCGUGAGCUCUCAGUACAAAAAUAGGAUUGGGGUCAGCAAACAUUUUCAGCAGGGGGCCGGUCCACUGUCCCUCAGACCUUGUGGGGGGCCGGACUAUAUGUUGCCAUGAUUAUGACCUGCAUUUUUGGCAAAAACACUUACUGGGACCAACCCCAAUGUUGCCCGAAAGCGAUAUUUUUUUGGGCGGGGGUGUUCCCUCAUACACCCAGGCUGCUUCCUUUGCGUUUUAUGCGUUGACAGUUAUUAUUUCUCUCGUAAGGAGGGGUGGGGGGCUGAGGUGAGCGCGCCAUUCCCGUCAGCCCUGGAAAGUGUGCACACAUGUGUGGGUGAAGGGAAAAGCCGUUGGCCACGCUAAGUCAGACCGGCGCCGCUCAAGCAAAAACGUUCUUUUCCCCGCGUGAGAGAAGACGAGGCGGCGGCUAUUUACCUUUCCAUGGCUCACACCGUGUAGCUAACAAGCGCCCCCCCCCAGCAGAGCGCAUAAGUGCUUGGGAGUGCAGCCGCCCAGGCGCUCCCUGCUUCCUCUGGCGGGGAGCACCGCCGCCACAGACACCAGCGGGUGUUGCUUCCGAGGCGCCUCCGAGCCCCUGUCGCUGUAGCUGCCCUUCCUGAGGUCAGUCGCCCACAGCUCCAUGGUGGAAAUCCGAACUGUGGCUCCUUUCCCCUCUUCCCCACCCUGGAAGAAAAGAUUGCUGUGCGAGUGCGACGGACGGAGAAGGUGCCUGUCUCAAGCAGCCGUCCUCCUCACUUUUGACCCCCAAGCCUGGCUGAGUCGCAAAAACCAUGGUGCGCGCACUAUGCUGGCUGCCUGGAUUCCCAGACCGUCCGUGGGCUGGAUCUAGAAGGCAAUUGGGCCUGACCCGGCCUGUGGACCUUAGUUUGCUGACCCAUGAGUAUGAUCUUGUGCUAAAGCAGCGGUUCUCAACCUGUGGGUCCCCAGAUGUUGUUGGACUACAACUCCCAUCACCCCUAGCUAGCAAGGCCAGAGCUCAGGGAUGAUGGGAGUUGUAGUCCAACAACAUAUGGGGACCCACAGGUUGAGAAAGGGUGUGCUAAAGGAAGGCACUGAUCCUAAUCUAUGGGGAUGCUCAUAACUGCAGAGCGGUGACUGCCCAGGCAAGAGGAAGGAGUUCGGGAAUCCCAGGCAGACUAGAAGGGGUAAACGAAGGCAGGGAUCAGCACCUUGGAGAGCGAUCUAGGUGUGAGUUUCAGAACCAUGGCCAGCGAUCCUGCAGCAGAAGUAGGGCAUGCAUGUUGUCUCAGCAGAGCAACGGGCAGAGGCCUUGAGCUAUGCGUUUACUGACUGAGGCUCUGCCCCCUGAGAGUUGCGUUGGGCCAAGUAAAGAGCUGCUGCCUUCCUCUUUGACCAGCGGUUGGAGGGUGCAGAGAACCUCUUUCACUCUGAGGACUGUGUUCCAUGGUGAGCAGCCCUCGGGUUGUGGGCGGGGCCAGAGGCAGAAAGUGGGCGGGAUGACAGAGGCAUCUCUUUCUUUCGUGUAGUUGGUGACUGUGCAGCCAUGAAAAGGCCAGCGGUUCCUACAACCCCUAUGUUUAUCUCUCCCAUUCUUCAUUCAGGCAAGCAAGAGGUAUUGUCACACACCCGGGGAGGCUCCCGAAGGCCGGAUAGAGAGAGCUGGAGGGCCACAUUCCCAUCCUGCCCAAGAUCUUGGGGCUUCAUAGAAUUGUUGAGUUGGAACAACUCAUCUAGUCAUCUAGUCCAACCCCCUGCAAUACAGGAAUCUCAGUUCUCAAUUCAAGCUGUGCAGAUGUCUCCUCCGGGUUCUUCUGCUCCUUCAAACAGUCUGUCAUGCCCUCCACCAGCUCCAGUCAGCAUCCCCAAUGGUCAGGGAGAAUGGAAACUGUAGUUCAACAGCGUCCGGAGGGGACCCUGCUGGCUUCCUUGGAGCUGCGCACUCCUAUGCUGGAGGCCUGGUCUAUUGGUGGAAGCCACGACACUUAGGCCAGUUUGAAAAGCCGUGAGGAAAAUGGCCUCCAAAUGGCAUGGCCACUCCUAGUGCUGCUACUUGCCUUUUAUAUUCCUUGAUCUUGCCAACACUCUCCCUAAUGGUCUUCAGCCAAAUUUGAUUUCCCAUCUAGGCCUCGCCAGCAGUGAUAUUGGUUUCCUUUUCCCUAAGAUGGGGAAACCACCCAGGGGGGAAGCGGGUUUGAUAUUGCUGGAGCGUAAGAAGCCGUCUCGGGUAACAUUAGUUUUUCCACCACACUGGCUUGGAUCUUGUCCCAAAAUAACAAGCUGAGGAAUCAGACUGUAGUAAUAUCGCAGGCUAAUUUCUUAGCAGAAGGUGUAUUGUCCGAUCUUCAUGUCAUCUCUAAAACAGAUGGCAAACAGUCAUUGCUCUGCGGGGAAGGGGAGAACUCUGCAUUUGCUCAGAGGCAUAUUAUCAUUAUCAUUAUCAUUAUUAUUAUUAUUAUUAUUAUUCACUCAUUCAUUCAUUCAUUCCCUAUGGGGAAGGGCUUUUAGCUCAGAGCAUGGAGCAUCUAUUUUGCAAGCAGAAGGUCUCAGGUUCAGUCCCUGAUAGGACUGGGAGAGAGCCAUGCCUGAAACCUCCAACAGCGGCUGCCAGUCAGUGCAGACAGUACUAAACUAGAGCUAGUGUAAGGUAGCUUUCCAUGAUCUUAUAUUGUUCCAUUGUCGUUAGCGGUAUUUAGCUAUCAUUAUUAUUCUCAGUAUUGCGCGGAUUAAUCAAUCAAGCUUUAGUUUGAGUCGGAAUCCGCUCAUUCUCUCUUUGUCGUUUUCGUCCUGGGGUCCUGGGGAACCCCACCCAGUGUGGAAAUGUUGUAAGGGGAGAAGAUUCACCAGUGGGAUUUCUGCCUGUCGUGCAGCUGCUACGUAGAGGUAACAUGAAGCAGACUGAGCCACUUGUUGGACUCUUGUCCGCCCAAGCCGGCAUGACCAUUGGAGUAAGGCAUUAUGGGAGCUGUACUUCAGGGCAGGGCAAUCUUAAAUAAGGCCCAUUAGUAAGCCCGACUGACUCACUAGCAGAGAUGUGGGGCACAGAUUUGUUUCGUUUCUCUCUUGUUUCUCCCCCCCUUCCUAUUAAGUUUUAUUGUAAUUUUAUUCAUGUUAGCUGCCCUGAGCCCGGUUCUGGCCGGCGAGGGCGGGGUAAAAAUAAAAAAUUAUUAUUAUUAUUUAUUAAAUGCAACCCUACCUAAUUUAUUCUUUCCAAAACAAGAGGCCGUCUGAAACACAGCCAUGGACUUCAUGGCAGGGUGUGGAUUUGAACCCGGGUCUUUGCAAGCUCGGGACGCAGGUGGCGCUGUGGGUUAAACUACAGAGCCUAGGGCUUGCCGACCAGAAGGUCGGCGGUUCGAAUCCCCGCGAUGGGGUAAGCUCCCGUUGCUCGGUCCCUGCUCCUGCCCACCUAGCAGUUCGAAAGCACGCCAAAGUGCAAGUAGAUCAAUAGGUACCGCUCCAGCGGGAAGGUAAACGGCGUUUCCGUGCGCUGCUCUGGUUCGCCAGAAGCGGCUUAGUCAUGCUGGCCGCAUGACCCGGAAGCUGUACGCCGGCUCCCUCGGCCAAAUAAGCGAUAUGAACCCAGAGUCAGCCAUGACUGGACCUAACGGACAGGGGUCCCUUUACCUUUACCUUUGCAAGCUCUCAUCCAACACUAACCGCCAUGCCAUGCAUCACGCAGCCUGGCUCGAUGGCACGAGUCGCCUGUAGUUAUUUGCUCCGUUCCACCAUGUUUUUUUCCUUUUGGUUUGGGCCGAUCGGGUAGGGGAGCUAGUAUGGCGUGUGAAUUGCGGACCUGCAUUUAGACACGACCGAGGGGGCUUCAACCGGCCCUGAUCAUCUCAGAAAGACAUAGCCGACCUGGGAGCUUUGUGGGCCUCACAACGCCUGUGUGUGAGGGGUGGUGGUAGGGAAAACCUCAGGGAGGCCUCGAAGCCUCUUUCCCUUCUCCAGAGGAACUGGGUCCUCCCUUCCUCAGCUGUCAGGACCAAUUUGUCUCGGCCGCCAGGCCUGUCACCUCCAAUGCUUCGCCCCAGUUCCCUGCACACCCAGCCGAGGACACCACACACACAAAACACACACACACACAAACACACACUCAUUCUCUUUCUCUCAGCUCACACCAGACAGAGGCGGCCGGUGGCCUCAGUUUACCCCGAGGCGUUGUGAGUCGGAAAGAAGCGGUAGUGGGGGACGGUUUCAUUCUGUAUGCUUUUGCUUGGCUGAAGCGGAGAAGCUACCCGGAGCAAAGCCAUUGAUUGAACGGUGCCUGCCUGCCUCUGGCGGGUCGAUCCGAGCUCCUGAAAAGUCCUCCCUUCAGCUCCCAGGACAACGCGAUGGAGCAAUGCCAUGAAGAGAAUUCCCCUGGGCAUGCGCAGAAGGCCUUCCUCUACUCCACGUCGCUCCUUAACACAUUUGGGACCCCCGGAUCGGGGAACGUAAUUUGCAGGAGCCCUUGACCCCCCCAGGACCUUUAGAAACUAUGUGUAGGGUUUAAUUUGAUCAAGAGUGCAACAUCUGAAGGCAGCCCUGUUUUUAAUGUUUAAUACUGUAUUGUGGUUUUUAAUAUUCGGUUGGGAGCUGCCCAGAGUGGCUGGGGAAACCCAGCCAGAUGGGCGGGGUAUAAAUAAAUUAUUAUUAUUAUUAUUAUUUGGGUCUCUGUGCUGUAAUAAAGAUUAUUUAUUUAUUUAUUAUAAUUAACCCCAGAAUCUCUUUCUUUUAAAGUUUUUGCUACAAAGGCAGGGGCCCAGAAUGCUUGAAAGCCUGAUAAGAAAGAGACCACUAUUAUUUUACUUACCGUACAUUCUUAUCCAGAUUUUCUUAUUCCCCCUCCUGUUUUAUCUUCACAACAACCCUGUGUUGUAGGUUGGGCUUAAGAAAGUGGCUGGUUUAAUGUCAUCUAGUCAGCGUCAUAGCUGUGUGGCUAUUUGAAUUUGGGUUAGGAAAGGGCUAAAAGGAUGUAAUUUGGGGCGAGUGCAUAAUCUCUCCAGAUUCUCAGUCACAUUUCGUUUACCCCUGGUGUGUAGAGGCUGAAAUCAUGAUUAUAACUUUAUAUCCAGUAGGGCAUUUGUAUGUUCUGGAAAUGUUGCAAAAUUUUUGCUUCAGGACUCAAUCUUUGAAAAGCUUAAAUGCUUUAAGCAGUUGCGUAAACAUUUUCCUGGAAUACCCCAGGAUUCCUCACAGGCAACCCUGAAAACUCUAAACUAGGAGAACGGAUCAGUCUUAGUUCUUUUUGCAGACAUGAAAAAAUACGUUUAGAGGCAGCGGUUACCUUGGUGGGGGAGGGAAAGGCACUCUGCACAAGCUCAGUGGCACCCUUCUCAUUUAUUCGUUCCCAAAAUCCCAGACCCUUGCUUUUCUUUGGAAAGCUGACCUGAAUUUCACUUAAGGGAAGGGCAGACAGGGCAACUCAGCGACUGUCCUUCCUUCCUGACACUGGACAGCGGGGGCUUAUAGGCUCUGGCUCCCCCUACUGGCUGCCUCCUUGCAUUCUGCCCAACCAGCCCCACUGAGUCCCAGCCUCCAGAUCCUAACCUGCUACGCUUCCUUUCCAGACAGCAUCCGGAAGUUCCUGAACCGGCCUCCCAUCCACCUGCUGGUGAGGGUGAAGCUAGAAACCAAGCCGAAGAAAAGCGAAGACAGGGUGCUGGUGAGAGACUCCCGGGGGGUUGGGGGACCAGGUGGUGGUGGUGGUGGUGGUGGGGAAAUACCGUAUUGUUCCAUGUAUAAGACAACCUUUUUUCCCUGAAUUUUUUUUGGGUGAUAAAUUGAGGGUCGUCGUCGUCAUACACGGGUUAAUAUGCUAAGAUCACUGCAGAUGGUGACAGCAGUCACGAAAUUAAAAGACGCCUGCUUCUUGGGAGAAAAGCAAUGACAAACCUAGACAGCAUCUUAAAAAGCAGUGGUUUUCCCGGUAGUGAUGUAUGGAAGUGAGAGCUGGACCAUCAAGAAGGCUGAUCGCCGAAGAAUGGAUGCUUUUGAAUUCUGGUGCUGGAGGAGACUCUUGAGAGUCCCAUGGACUGCAAGAUCAAACCUAUCCAUUCUGAAGGAAAUCAGCCCUGAGUGCUCCCUGGAAGGACAGAUCCUGAAGCUGAGGCUCCAAGACUUUGGCCACCUCAUGAGAAGAGAAGACUCCCUGGAAAAGACCCUGAUGUUGGGAAAGAUGGAGGGCACAAGGAGAAGGGGAAGACGAGGACGAGAUGGUUGGACAGUGUUUUUGAAGCAACCAGCAUGAGUUUGACCAAACUGCGGGAGGCAGUGGAAGACAGGAGUGCCUGGCGUGCUCUGGUCCAGGGGUCACGAAGAGUCGGACACGACUAAACAACAAAAGUGAGGGCUGGUGCUGCGGUGAUAGCAGGGAAAUGUUGGAGGGGAGGCUGCUUACCCACUCUUCCCGGUUUGGGAAAAGUUUUUCAUGAGUGCCAGUAUGUGGUGUAUUACGGCACCAGUUCCGUCAGCCGGAGCGGGGUGGUGGGGGGAUCGUGGAGAAGCUGCUCAACAGCUCAGUGAACUUACAGAAGAAGCUCAACAACUGCUGAGGGCUCCCCCAAAAUAGGGGUCAUCCUAUACAUGGGGUUGUGUUAUACAUGGGGAAAUACGGUAAUCCCGGUGGUGGCUGGACUGCUUUGCAAGCUGCUGGUUUGCCCUGGGCUGCUGGUGCCAAGGCUCUGCUCUGACAGGUAUCUGCAGCGAGGCCCCCCCACCCAACCCAGCUCUUUGGACCCGCUUCCUCCUUUUCACCUUUGGAACCACCUGCCACUUGCUCUGGGCGAGGUGAUGGGGGGGCGGCUCAGGAGGAGAAGCUGCUGUUGUUAUUAUGUUAUGUCAUGUUUGUAUUUUAUAAGUUUUUAUUUCAUUUUACUUUUUAUGUUUUUGUUUUAUCUUACUUUAAUGUUUUUAUUCUAUUGUUUUAUUUUAUUUUAAUUCAUUUUCUUUUCUUUUAUUAUAAUUCCCAGUGCUUUUUUACUAAAAAAAAAAAAAGUUUAGAGGUAUUCUCAUUUUGACUCAAGAAAAUCACCAUUUUGAAGUUCAAAUCGGGAAAAAUAAAUACAGUAAAUGGACAAAAGUAAAAAGAUUCACAAAAUGUUUAGGAGUAUGCGUACCCCCGCGUACCCCCAGAAAAAAAUCACUGAUAAUUCCCAUGGUGGGAUAGCUCAGUUGGUAAAGCACGAGACGUGGGUUCGAGUCCCACACUGGGCAAAAAGAUUCCUGCAUUGCAGAGGGUUGGACUAGAUGACCCUCAUGGUCCCUUCCAGUUCUACAGUUUUAAGAUUCUCUGUUAUACUUAUUUAUUUAUCACACUGAUGUCUUUUGUUCUGAGGUGGGGGAAAUAAAUAAGGGAGGGACCCUGGGCCACAAAUCGUAGGUCAACUCCACAUCUCACUCAUCUCACACCCCCCAGCCCAGAGAUAAUUCCCCCCUUCUCAGAUAUACUCCCAAAUACGUAGUUUAUUUAAUUUCAUACGUGCAUCUUCCUCCCCGUUUUAUUUAUCUUUACACCACUGAUUGUAAAUAAUAUCUAUGUGGUGAACAAAGGAGUUUAUAGAAACAAAGAAAGAAAGAAAGAGCGGUAUAAAAUUAUUAUUAUUAUUAAUUGAAUUUAUAUAUCCUCUUAUAUACCAGGAGUCUCAGGGCAGUUCACAGAAUAAAAUCAAGAUAUAAAACAACAAAGUGCACAAUAAAAAUAAAAACAACAACCCAAUAGACCCCCGCAAAAAGGACAUAGGAUGUCAAACAGAAAUCAAAUUUCAUCUACAUGACAACCCUGUCAGGUAGAGUGGGCUGGAAGAGUGACUGGUGUAAGGAUUUGAACCCAGGCCUCUCCAAAUUCCUGGUCUUGGGCUACAUACACCCCAGGCAUUUAAGUGUCUGGGGAACGGUGCAAGGAACUGUAGCUCUGUGAGGGGCAAACUACAGUUCCCUGGAUACUUUGGGGGAAGUCCUGCGCUUUAAAUAAUAUGGUGACACCAGGCGCUAUUUCAGCUCCCUCUGACCGCUGCUUCCUGGUCCCUUAAGCAAACCAGAGGAACAGAGACGGAAAGGGCAAAAGACCCUCUAAACAAAGUGGGAAGUUUCUGAAAUCGUUCUGGGGGCCACUCACACUGGCCCCUGUCCUUCCUCCCAGUGGUAUGGCCUUGGGGAGCGACUCACGGCCCUUCUUCCCUAUUCCUCCCCCUGCCCAACAUUUCUUCUCUUCUCUCGAACUCUCCAGCUCUCGAAUCCUGUCCUUGCAAAUUAGGUCAGGGUUUGCAAAUUUGCUGCUGGCAGCAAAAGUGGAGGUCGCAGGCAGGAGCAGACAGGGGAGGGGGCUGGCGGAAAGGAGAGGGGGGGGGAACUUUGCAUCGGCUGAUGCAAAAAGAGCCUAUAGUUUUCCCCCACCCCAUCCCCCACAAGGAUUCGGGGGCAAAAAUGGGGUUUGGGCCAAACGUUCUGCAAUGGUGCCUUGAGCCUGUGUGUGAAUUUGCCAGGCCAGGGUCCGCCUCGCAAGGGUGUUGUGAUUGAAUGAUACAGAAUAAAGGCCAAAGGAUCUCCCAGGGUGGGAGGGAGCUGAUUUGCGGGUGGCCAAGCGAUGAGGAGGUUUGGUGGGGGGAAGGCUGUGGGUUGAAAUUAAGGGGGCAUCAGGAGCAGUUAACUUCUAGGGCAAAAGGGGACAGGACACCCCCCUCAGCUAAGGGGCAACAGGGUGAUCUUCCAAUCACUGAAUCAGAGGAAGCCCCCCCCACAAAGGUUGCCACCUCCCCUCCCCUCGUGGGUGCCAGGAACACCGGAAAUCCAUGCCUUUAAAGCUUUGCUACAGGCCAGUAUUCAACAGGUGCAGCCACGGGGGUUGAAACGCUGCACCUGUUGAAUUUCCACCUUCUGCCCCACACUGUGAUUUAAGGCGAAAUGUGGUGAUCCCAUUUACGGGUCUGGAGAGCGAGCAGAGCCAGUGUGAGUUUUCCCCCUAGUUAAGUUCUAGCACAGGGGCCAGCAAACGUUUUCAGCAGGGGGGCGGUCCACUAUCCCUGAGACCUUGUUGGGGGCCGGACUAUAUUUUUUUGGGGGGGGGGGAAAUGAUCAAAUUCCUAUGCCCCGCAAAUAACCCAGAGAUGCAUUUUAAAUAAAAGGACACAUUCUGCUCAUAUAAAAACACACCGCUUCCCGGACCAUCCGCGGGCCGGAUUUAGAAGGCGAUUGGGCCGGAUCCGGCCCCCAGGCCUUAGUUUGCCUACCCAUGUACUAGCACAUACGCACUCUGUUUUUUCCGAUUGGCACAAAGUUACACAUUUGUUUCCUUGCUGUGAGCCCCUGAUUUCUGGAGUGCCCUGAGUGCGGAUCUUACCAUUAUGGCUUAGAGAUGGAGGAGGAGAGCGAGAAAGACUUGGCAGGCUGGGAAAUCAGUAAUUCACUUCCCAACAUUGCAAAUGUGAUUUCCAGCAACUAGCAUAAUUUUUAGCUUGCUAAAGGUUUCUGUAGGUUAGCAGCUCUUGCGCAACUUACUCGUGAAGCUGUCGAGAGCUCAUGCGCUGUAAUAAACAGGAUAAUAAAACUGUAGCGUUGGAAGGAACCCUGUGGGUUAUCUAGUCCAACCCCCUGCAAUGCAGGAAUCUCCAGGACAGACAGCCAUCCAACCUCCGUUUAAAAACAUCUAAUGAACGAGAGUCCACCACCUUCAUUUCACCACCACUGCACAUGGUAAUAUUUUAAUUCUGAAUUUUCAAAAGUUUUCGCCACGCACCCUGGGACCCGCAGGUUGGAGGGCAGGUAAUAAUGACACUAAUUGUUAAAAGGCCAAAUGGCAGACUUGGGGAAAUGGAACGCUUCCCUGCCAGAAUGUUGCGUCAGAGGCAAAAUGUCUUCCAAAAUAAACAAGUUCAACGCUCAUCAGUAUUCUAGAAGAUCCAGGUUGGGAAGACAUGUUUGGAGAGAGGUGGUGCCAAUUCAGGUCUGGAGAGACACAGAUAGCAGAAGGCAGAAAAAGCAACGCAAUAUCCACAUGAGGAUUGUGUCUUAAAGGGAAACAAAAAAGGAUUGUGCUGUUGUUCACGUCUUCUGUGCUUCGCUCUUUUUCCAACAGGUGCUCACCACUUGGCGAAUCUAUCUCUUUGGGCUAAAGGUACCAGCCAAGGUGAGUAGAGGAACAAAUGAGAGAUUUUGUGUGUGUGUGUGUGUGUGUGUGUGUGUGAUUUAAAAUACAUUUAUACCUCUUUACACACCGUACAUUUAAAGCACAACAAAGUACAGUUUUCUGUUUGGGAAUUGUAACUCUGUGAUGGAUAAACUACAGUUCCCACGAUUCUUUUUGGGAAAUAAAGUGCUUUAAAUGUAUCAUUGUGUACAAUCCUAUCUCUGAGCAGUGAGAGACUCUUUGGGUCCCAGUGCUUACCCCAGAGUUCGGUUUCCUUGGGACGAAGGUCCUUAGGGACAAUGGUGUUUUUAAGAUAAACGGUUUUAUUUAUACACAUGACCUGGCUCACUCCCAGAGAUCUUGCUUCCCCAUUAGGUUCUCAGGGAAGCCCCAAAUAGAUCCCUUUGGGAUCUAGCACACAGAAAGAGAAGCCUCUGGGUCUCCGGCUUCCAGUGUCAGCCAAAAAAACAUACACCUUGGCCUAUUGUUCUCCAUCGGGUGAGGUGGGAGAAGGCCCGUCUCCAUGGCAACAGGGCAACCUCUUUGGACAUGUAAAUGGCGGUACUUAACUGGCCAGCUAAAGCCGUUACCUUCACAAAGGAACUGGCUUGGGUUUCUUCUUAUCCAUUCUAACCUCACGGGUACAGGAUCACAGGCUUAGAAGGGACCUCUGGGUGUCAUCCAGACUGACCCUUGAGGCGUUCCCAAAGUAAAGGAAGGAUUGAACUCUGAUUAAUAAGAAUACACACAGAGGCUUGAACCAGCAAGACUCUGGGAAGGGUGCAUAUAAUCAUCUCUGUCUCCACCCUCCGUCCCAGGUCAUUUUAUUCACAAAAGAACUUUUUACAGAGUGUUCGUAAGAGCCAAUCAGAUUUCUUCUGAGCAUUUCAACAAACCCCACGUGGGGACAAAGUUAAACUACCAAAACUAAUUAAGCACACAUAUUUCUGGGGUAAACAAAACAGAACUACAAAGGAGUGCAUUUGGCAACCCCUGAGGUCAUAAACAAGCAAUACACAUGAUAAGAAGGAUGGCCAGGAAGACAGCGAUCAUUAUCACCUUCAGGUGAGAUCUAUUUCCUGGCCCUAAGAUUAACAUAUCGGAAAAGCUACAUCAACGAAACUUGCCCACUAUCUUUAUGGCCCAGGAUGCCUUCCUGGCAAGCAACUGGAAGUAACUGGGCUGCAUACGUGACUGGUCAAGAAAGAGAAAUGGGCAGUAGAGAAAAUGGCCAGAGAUGCAGAGGGUUGUGGGAUUUGAUCAGAAAUUAUUGUCAAUGAAUUAAACCCAGUCAACACAAUGCAUUCAUCGUGGACACAAUGGCUUGAUGCAUAUUUUAUAAUUCCUCAUGGUAAUCCCACCUGACCCCACACUCUGGAUAUUUGCACUCCUACAGACCCUCCCCAAACCUAUAGCAGUAUGAUGCGUAUGCAGCCUAACAGUCAUAGCUUCCUCCAGAAAAUCCCGGGAACUGUAGUUUAUUUAUUUGUUAUUACAUUUAUAUAGCCACCUUUAUCUUCCAAGGAUCUCUAGGCUUCUGGCUCUCCUCCUCCAUAUUUCAUCCUUACAGCAACCCUGCGAGGCGGUUGUUUAUCCCUCAGAGAGCUACAAUUCACAGCAUCCUUAAAACUCCCGUUCCCAGGAUUCUUCAGGGGAGGUUAUGCGCUUUGAACGUGCGCCGUGGGCGCGACAUUCGCUUCUGUCGCGUCGCAAAAAGUGACUCUUCUUUUCCCUCCUGCACAGCUCGAAUGCUCGUUCAAUGUCCUGGAGAUCCGAGCCUUAAAUGCCCUGCAUCACAACCAGGUAGGAGCAAGGGGCAUCUCCCGCAAAGGGGUGCUCUUACGAUACAAUCAUCUUUAUUGUCAUUGUCCCAUACAGAACAACGGAAUUGAAAAAAUCUACAUCAGACAUUCAAAAACCAACAAGCUUCCUAUCCCAGCUAUCCCAGCCUGGUUAACCCCCUAAAAACUCUGAUACCCCAUAAUUAAAUACAAUAUACUCCCACAGAGACUACCUUACACUGCAUUUAAAACCAAAAUUGCAUUUGGAUAGAAACUGUUUCUCAGGUGGCUAGUCCUAGUCUUUAUAACCCUGUACCUUCUUCCAGAUAAGGGACACGGGUGGCGCUGUGGGUUAAACCACAGAACCUAGGACUUUCCAAUCAGAAGGUCGGUGGUUCAAAUCCCCGUGAUGGAGUGAGCUCCCGUUGCUCGGUCCCUGCUCCUGCCAACCUAGCAGUUCGAAAGCACGCCAAAAAGUGCAAGUAGAUCAAUAGGUACCACUCCGGCGGGAAGGUAAAUGGCGUUUCUGUGCGCUGCUCUGGUUCGCCAGAAGCGGCUCAGUCAUGCUGGCCACAUGACCCGGAAGCUGUACGCCGGCUCCCUCAGCCAAUAAAGCGAGAUGAGCGCCACAACCCCAGAGUCGGCCACGACUGGACCUAAUGGUCAGGGGUCCCAUGACCUUCUUCCAGAAGGCAGAAGCUGAAAGAGAUCAUUUCCGGGGUGCGCACUAUCCUGCGCUAUCUCUGCAGCUUUCUUAUGGCACCUGGAAGCAUAGAUUUGAUCCAAGGUGGGAAGAGUGCACCCAAUUAUUCUCUCCGCAGUCUUUACAACCCUGGACAGCAUUGUUUUCCCCCGGACUGUGCAGUUCCCAAACCACACAUGAUGGCGACAUUGGUGUCUGUCGGGUGCUGACGCCUUUUGCCUUCCUUCCGCAUUCAGAUCCUGGUGGAGACGGAGAAGGCCAACUACAGCUUGAAAUUCCCCACCCCGGAAAGCGCUGACCAGGUCACGAGGCAUGUCAACACUUCCUUAGCCAAAAUCUUCCCUAGCCCAGCCUCUGUGUGAGUAUGAAGAAGCCGUAGGGUGGGGAGAACAUUGGCUGCGGGUGGCGGGGUUGCCAAAUUCAGUCGUUCGCCAUAACAGCGCCUCUCACGACAACUUGUGUGUGUGGGCGUGAGCAGAGGACCAAGGUGUGCUUCCGUGUUGUGGAAAACAUGGAGGCGACGACGAUGAUGAUGAUGAUGAUAAACUACGGUGGUACCUCAGGUUACAUACGCUUCAGGUUACAGACUCCGCUAACCCAGAAAUAGUACCUCGGGUUAAGAACUUUGCUGAGAACAGAAAUCGUGCUCUGGCGGCCCGGCGGCAGUGGGAGGCCCCAUUAGCUAAAGUGGUACCUCAGGUUAAGAACAGUUUCAGGUUAAGAACGGACCUCUGGAGCGAAUUAAGUACUUAACCCGAGGUACCACUGUCUAGAAAAGACCAGAGUCACACAGCACAAUUCAAAGUGUUGGUGUUGACCUUUUAAGCCCUAAACGGCCUCGGUCCAGUAUACCUGAAGGAGCGUCUCCACACCCAUCGUUUUGCCUGGACACUGAGAUCCAGCUCCGAGGGCCUUCUGGCGGUUCCCUCAUUGCGAGAAGCAAAGCUACAGGGAACCAGGCAGAAGGCCUUCUUGGUAGUGGUGCCUGCCCUGUGGAACGCCCUCCCAUCAGAUGUCAAAGAGAUAAAACAACUACCUGACAUUUAGCAGACAUCUGAAGGCAGACCCAGUUCAGGGAAGUUUUUAAUGUGUGGCAUUUUAAUGUAUUUUUAAUCUUUGUUGGAAACUGCCCAGAGUGGCAGGGGAAACCCAGCCAGAUGGGCAGGGUACAAAUAAAUUAUUAUUAUUAUUAUUAUUAUUAUUAUUAUUAUUAUUAUUAUUUUAUUUCUUGUCUGUGUGGAACUGACUUCCCUUCCUAAAUUCUAAUGUGGAAUGUAUAGGAUUUUCACCACAGAGAUGCUAAAGGCUAGACUAGCAGCCUUCCCUCGCACCCGGUACCCUCCAGACAUCCAAUUUCUUGAGCUUUCAUCCUGAUCUGCUUGUGCAUAGCUUUAAUUGCGCACCCAGCAUUAAUUCUGAUUUGUCUGCAGGGUGUUUAUGCAAUAGCUCCAUGGCUAGGUGCUUCUGAAAACCAGUUGCUGGAAGCCGCAGGAGGGGGAAGUGCCGUGUUUCUGUUGCCCUCAGGUCUUGCUUGCGGGUUUUCCUUGCUUGGCCGCUGCGAGAACAGGCUGCUGGACUAGAUGGGCCCCUGGCCUGAUCCAGCUGCCAGUCUCUUCUCAUGCUUUUAGACGUCUCCCCAUUAGCAAUCCAUAGCCCAUCAUUCUCCAAGCCACAAAAAGUCUUUCUCUUUUUUAAAGUGGAUUUUUUAAAAAAUGCUAGGGCGUGAGAGUGCUUCAGACCACUUUAUAUCUGCGAAUCUCCAAACUCCCGGAAUGCACUUGACUCCCUCUUGUGCGCCCCACAACUCCUGUUCAUUCCAGCCAGGCGCCAGGGGCGCUGGGAGUUGUAGUUCAACUUGAUUUGGAGGUUAGAAGAGGUUGGCACAGAGAGAGACCACCCUGUGCCUGCUGAGAAAUAUAGCUUUUGACAGUGGGGUUUCUCCCCCACCCCCCAAAUUGUUUUCACACUAAUUGAUUUCUAUCUUCUGGGGUUAACAACAUCCUUGCAGUGGCGGAGAUGGCUUGGCCCCCAAAGCCACCCCCCCCUCGUACCUACGGGACCGCCUCUCCUGGUAUGUCCCACGGAGGAACUUACGGUCUUCAAAUAAAAACAUCUUGGAGGUCCCAGGCCACGGAGAGGUUAGGCUGGCCUCAACCAGAGCCAGGGCUUUUUCGGACGUGGCCCCGAUCUGGUGGAACGCUCUGCCCCAAGAGACUAGGGCCCUGCGGGACUUGACAUCUUUCCGCAGGGCCUGCAAGACAGAGCUGUUCCACCAGGCCUUUGGCCAGGGCACAGUCUGACCCCCUCCUUUGGCAAUCCUCACAGAACUCUAGCCCAAUGGUUGCUGUUGGUUUGAUUUGAAUUAAUUUUAUAAUGAAUGGUUUUAGAGUGUUGUGUUGUGUUGUACUGUUGUACUGUUUUAUUGUUGUUAGCCGCCCUGAGCCCGGCUUCGGCUGGGGAGGGCGGGAUAUAAAUAAAAUUUAUUAUUAUUAUUAUUUAUUAUUAUUAUUAUUUUGUCAUGCCUCACCCUUAAUCCCAGAAAGCCUGACUCCAUGGUUGUUCUGGUGCCCCCCCCCCCAUCGCUGGUGUCUCAUAAGCAGAGCCCUGCUGGAACAGGUCAAAGGCCCCUGUGGCGCAAUGGGCAAUGCAUCUUGCUGUUGACCCGAAGGUUGGUGGUUCGAGCCCACCAGGGGCGGCUGUGGGCAGGAUGCCUGCAUUUCAGGGGGGUUGGACUAGAUGACCCUCGGGGUCCCUUCCAACUUCUCAAUUCUAUGAUUCUAAGAGUGGGGGGUGGGAAACCUAGUCCAGUAUCCUGUUCUCACAGAAGCCGCAGCGCGAAGCCCAAAAACAGGACCAGCGUGAAACAGUGGCAAAGCUCUCUCCCUGCUUGCAAUCCCCAGCAACUUGUAGGGCUCCAUUUCCUGACCCAGACAGCUGAGUUCUCUUGCAGGGGGAUUUAAAAAAACCCUUUUUGAAAGAGUGGAAGGAGGAGGCAGGCAAACAGGCGACAAGCUGUUAGGUCGGGGCGGGCAGACGUUUGGCCCUCCGGACAUUGCUGAACUACUGCUGCCGUCAUCGCUGGCCAUUGGCAGUGCUUGCCGGCACUCAUGGGAGUUGUGGUUUGGCAACACCCGGAGGGACCGAAAAGGGUCCCCCACCGCUGCGUUAGGGAAGAGGCGACCCCCAAAUUUUCAGGGGUGUGCGCAUAUCCCUCGCAAUUUCAGUGUGGCAGAGUGGUUUAUGGAGAGUAGGCCUAGGAGUUCAAAUCUCUGCUCAGCUAUGAAUCUUUACUGGGUGACCCUGGGACAGUCACAGUUUCCCAGCCUAACUUAUCUCACCGGGUUAGGAUGUCCCUAUUUUCAUCGGAGAAAUGUUGAAAGGUGUGGAUUAUUGUGAGGAUUAAAGGGGGGGAACCACGGAUACCACUUUAAGCUCCUUGGAGAAUGGACGAGUGGAUCAAUAACUUGUCGUGCUUGUGUGAUGCAGUAUUUAGACAAGACUAUCAGAUCAGUUAAAGCUUGGUGGUGGUGGUGGGACUGUUAAUAUGAUUAUUUUAUUGUUAUGCUGUCCAUUGUUGUGCUUUUUUAUUACAGUGGUAUCUCGGUUUUUGAGCUUCUCAGAAGCCAAACGUUUUGGCUUUCGAACACCGAAAACCCGGAAGUAAUUGCUUCCAUUUUCGAACACGCCUUGGAAGUUGAACAUGUUUUUCCACUGCACGUUUUUCAGUUUUUCCAAUUGAACUUGCAGCCAGCCCUUUGCGCCUCGGUUUUCAAACAUUUUGGAAGUCGGACGGUCAUCUGGAACGUAUUACGUUCGAGAACCGAGGUACCACUGUACUAUGCUCCGUAAAAUGUGUGUUUAAUGUCGUACACCAUUACACUGAGAUCUUUUGAUAAAGGGCAGUAUAUAAAUCGAAUAAACGAUAACAAAAUAACUCAGGCAAUGCCUUCCUUCUCCUCCCCUUGUCGCAGCUGCCUCAUACGCCAUGGGACCGUGGAGACCCCAGAGACGCCGCGGGACAUGUCCCCCAACUCUGAAAGCUCCAGCUCCACGACGCACAGCAUUUGCGGUGAGGGGGGAAGAUGGGGAGGCGAGGGAGGGGGAAUGUUCCGGAACCUGCCAGGGUUUUCCUCCCGCUUCCCAGCGCCCUUUGCGUCCCAGAGAGGCAGGUGGUGCGAUCUUCAUUCACAGGAAAUUAUAUGAAAUUUUAAUUACAGCCGCUGCAUUAUGCACUUAACCCACUGACCCGAAUCCCGGAAGGGGUGUCCUGAAGAAAACACAAAUUGCUUUCCUGGAUCGGGCAGAAAAGUGCAUUUAGCCCAGCCUUCUGUCUCCAGGGCUAGCAGCCAAAUUGGCCUCAGAGGCCCAGAACCCAGGCUUGGCGGUCAGAGGGAUCCUCUCAAGCCUGCCUCUUAACAACGGGUAAUCAAAGGUAUAUUGCAUCAAGGCAGGCAGAGGUUUUCAGCCUUUCUGAGUCCACGGCUCCCUUGAUCAACUGCAUUCUUUCUGCGGCACCCCUGUGGGGCUCAGGAGCCCAGUUAUGUUACCCCUUGCCCUUCACCCCUUUUCAAACGCCCUUCUCUCGGAUUCCCCUCCUUGGGGAGUCCUCUGGGCAGCCGUUCCGGGUCUCUGAGCUGCCCCCCAUGCCCCAUAGAUAGGUGCUUCUUCACACUGCCCCACAGGGGCCUGGGACUUGCCUGUCCACUCCCAACGUGGGUCGUAUGUGGCCUGGGACCCAUGUACCUAUGGGACCGCCUCUCCUGGUAUGCCCCGCAGAGGACCUUAAGGUCCACAAACGACAACACUUUGGAGGUCUCAGGUCGCAAGGUGGUUAGAUUGGUCUCAACUAGGGCCAGGGCCUUUUCAGUACUGGCCCCGACUUGGUGGAACGCUCUGUCACAAGAGACCAGGGCCCUGCUGGACUUGACAUCUUUCCGCAGGGCCUGCAAGACGGAGCUGUUCCGCCUGGCCUUUUGUUUGGACUCAGUCUGACCCUUAUGUCUUCCCUCCCCUUAUGGUUUUGAUUAAUAAUAAUAAUAAUAAUAAUAAUAAUAAUAAUAAUAAUAAUAUUUAUAUCCCGCCCUCCCCAGCCAAGGCUGGGCUCAGGGCGGCUGACAAGCAAUAAUAAAAACAAGUUGAAUGAAUACAACUUAAAAACAAGAUUAAAAUACAACAUUAGGACAUUGAAACAUUAAAAUGCAGCCUCAUCACAGGAGGAGAAAGGGCUACUACUAAAAUGAGGCUGCAUUUUAAAUUGUAUUUUAACUCAUAUUUUAACCCGUAUUUUAAUGAACUGUUUUUCUCUUUUUCUAUUGCGUUUUAUUGUAAUUUUAUUGGUGUUAGCCGCCCUGAGCCCGGCUCUGCCAGGGAGGGCAGGGUAUAAAUAAAAAUUAUUAUUAUUAUUAUUAACAGCAAGGGCUGAGGCCAGCACCUGACUCACUUUGGGAGGCAGCAGUGGACCCUGCCAGGCCUGCAUGGUGGAAAGGCUCCCCCUCAGCACUGGCAGGCAUUGCACACAGCAAGCCCAAGAAAGGCCAGCACAGCGCCUGCCUGCCUGCCUGCCUGCCCAGCUUCCCACCUAUCUGUCCAUUCCCAACAGCAAGCGCUGGCAGACUGACUGGCCGGACUCCCUCACCCACUUGCCUGCUUACUCUGAGGCCGCCUCAGCUGCUGCCAACCAGCCCCCCCUGGCCAGCCCCAGAGGCACCAUUUGCCUGCGGAGCUUGUAGCCAGGGCUGCUGCAACAAACAGCUGUGCAAGCCUUUGGGGGGCAGAGACAUGAGAGGGCGUCAGAGGAUGGAGGGAAGGAAAGAAAUUUAAAAAUUAAUCCAGAAUGCGGCAGCCAGACUGGUGACGGGAAGCGGCCACCAAGACCAUAUAACACCUGAAAGACCUGCAUUGGCUCCCAGGACGUUUCCGGGCGCAAUUCAAAGUGUUGGUGCUGACCUUUAAAGCCCUAAAUGGCCUCAAAGGCCCAGUAUACCUGAAGAAGAAGAAGAAGAAGAAGAAGAGUUUGGAUUUGAUAUCCCGCCUUUCACUCCCUUUAAGGAGUCUCAAAGCAGCUAACAUUCUCCUUUCCCUUCCUCCCCCACAACAAACACUCUGUGAGGUGAGUGGGGCUGAGAGACUUCAAAGAAGUGUGACUGGCCCAAGGUCACCCAGCAGCUGCAUGUGGAGGAGUGGAGACUCGAACCCGGUUCCCCAGAUUACGAGACUACCGCUCUUAACCACUACACCACACUGGGUCUUCACCCCCAAGGAGCGUCUUCACCCCCAUCGUUCAGCCCAGACACCAAGGGCCUUCUGGCGGUUCCCUCACUGCGAGAAGUGAUGUUACAGGGAACCAGGCAGAGGGCCUUCUUGGUAGUGGCGCCCGUCCUGUGGAAUGCCCUCUCACCAGAUGUCAAGGAAAUAAACAACUAUUUUAUUUUUUAAAGGCAUCUGAAGGCGGCCCUCUUUAGGGAAGUUUUUAAUGUUUGACGCUGUAUUGUUUUUGAAAUUUGGUUGGAAGCCGCCCAGAGUGGUUGGGGAGACCCAGUCAGAUGGGCGGGGUAUAAAUAAUAUAUUAUUAUUAUUAUUAUUAUUAUUAUUAUUAUUAUUAUUAUUAGAGGGACAGAGGCCAGUACUGCCCACGUCCCCCUGACUAUCAUUCAAGGCACCCCAGGGUGUCACAGCACACUGGUUGAGAACGACUGAAGACAGGGAAGCUCCAUGUCAGCCUAAGACAUGGGUAGGCAAACUAAGGCCCGGGGGCCGGAUCCGGCCUAAUCGCCUGCGGAUGGUCCGGGAAUCAGCAUAUUUUUACAUGAGUAGAAUGUGUCCUUUUAUUUAAAAUGCAUCUCUGGGUUAUUUGUGGGGCAUAGGAAUUCAUUCAUUCCCCCCACCCAAAAUAUAGUCUGGCCCUCCACAAGGUCUGAGGGACAGUGGACCGGCCCCCUGCUGAAAAAGUUUGCUGACCCCUGGCCUAAGAGAUUCCAUUUUCUCGCUGCCUGAGACAAAUAGGGGUUUUGGGGAGGUUUGGAUUGAAUUUGACAGUGACUCCCAAAUCCCCCCCCCCAACGGAUGACUUCAAAAUUCCUAAGGGUCUUGACGGACCACUUAAAUUGUUUUUCUACCUGUGGUAGCAUUUGUAAUGUACUGUGCUAGGGAAUUAAUGCUUCUUAAUCUUGUUUUUAUCACUCCUUUUAUUUCUCACACCCUUCAUUUUAUUGUAUUGCGAUUUCAAUCCCACAGAAUCCAAAUUGCAAUACAAUAAAACCAAAUGUGAGUGAUAAAGAUCCAAUUGCAAAUCAAUAGGAGCCUUGAAUGCGACGGGUGUGCCGCUCCCGUCUCCAAACACCAAAUCCACAAACCACCUGAAUGAAGUUUGUGGAUUGCUGGUGGUCCACAGACUACAGCUUGGGAACCUCUAGUCUGAUAGAUUUUCAAAGCUCUUCCGAGCCAGCCUUUGCCGCUGCGUCUUGUGGCUUGGAGUUCCACAUGCUGUUUUGCAUGGGGCAAGGCUUCCUUUUGCUUCUCCUGCGCAAACCAGCAUGCUUGCAGCCGACCAAGAUAAAGAUAGCACACCAGCUAUUUAACAGCAGUCGAUAUUGGGUGGGUGGGUAGGGGGAUAUAUGAUCCUGUGACCCACAUGUGUGGGGUGAAUAACCAAAGAAUCGGUGGGUGUCUAGAUUCAAAAUGCUGGGCUUUACACACUCUUUAGCAGAAGAGGAGCCCCAGCAGCAGAAUUUAAACUCACAACAUUAAGCAGCAGUAUCGUGGAGAACGCAGCCUCUUGAACCCCUUUCAUAUCCCAUUUAGUUGCAUACAGCGCUCCCCAUUUUCUACCCCUCCAAGCAUUGAUCAGACUACACCAGUUUAGUAAACUUAAAAUGCUUUACUUACUAAAUGUUCCAAAAGUCAGAUUUGUGCAUUUAUCCAAGCAGCAGCAAGGAGAACACGGGCAGAAUAUUCUUGGGCAGAAAAUACAGAAAGAUAUCUUCAAACACAUGCUCCGAGCAUGUGUUUCUCAGGGAGAAAACGUCCUCCCUGGUGGAUGACAUGGCACAGAAAGGAAGGAACAGGAAGAGAAGGCUUCACUUCCCCUCACUGGAGAAAAGGGGGUGUGACCUAGCUGAGUCUAGGAAUCGGCCUCUGUGGUCUUAACCCCUUCACGCAUUAACUAGCACUCGUGCAUAGUUAUGGUUGACUGCAAUUUCCCACACACCUUGGCGAAAGAAAUGCAUUUUGCAGGGAGGAAGAACCAAGAGAGGCAUGAAGAGGGCGAAGGAGGAAGUAGUGUCACGCAGGCACAGUCUCAGAUUUCUUGGGGGAAACUUUGGAGAGAAGGGGACUUAGGCAGCUGUGGGAAGCUUCAGUCUCUGCAACAGCUUCAUAGGACUUAACAGAUGGACAUAAAAACCAGUUAAGAGACUUAUGCUGCAAGAUUGGAAAGGCAGUCCUGGUUGGAUGAAAAUCUGACCUGCUUACACCUGUCCGUUUCGUUUAGACAUCUCUUUAGACUGCUGAUAUUAAUGUACAAAUUUAAAGCACGAUGGAUGAAAUAUUCCUAUUACCCAUCGGCUUUUAUUGUAGUGGCUUUAAUAAUUAUUAUCUUUUCACAACGACAAUGAUUUUCAUAUUUAAAAAAAAUAAAAAAUAAAGGGAAAGGAAAACAUUGGGUUGGAUUCAAGUUUUCCUCACCAGGAGGGGAGAACCAUGUCCGCCACCUUUUUUUGCUCCUUGGAGAAAAAAGGUGAAAUGGGAAUGCAAGAUACAAAGAAGUUGGCCGUGUCGAUUGGUUUCUGUGGGUCUUCUCUGAGUAGGACUUACGCCAGACGUUCGGGUUGUAUUCCACUGGCUUUCCCUCAGAGCACACCCGCCGGGUUGAACAGCCGUGGCGAAUUCAGGCCUGUGAAUUCCAGUAGGUCUACUUGGAGUAACAGUUAGCUGAAAGAUGAGAAUGUUUACAAGAAGGAGGCCUUCGUACGGAGGAUCCUGAGCGAUAAUAUGCGCCCUUUUGCUUUUCCUCAGGAGGCUUUUCGGAAACCUACGCGGCUCUCUGCGACUACAACGGACACUCUUGCCGCGAGGAGGUGCAGUGGGUAAGUCGUUGGACCCGAUUCUGAGGUGCCCUCUCCGAUAACCUUGAGCAGAGAGACCCCCUUCGCCAGAGCAAGGGGGUUAGCGAUUGUAUCCUGAAAAAGAAACCGCCAGGAAAGUAGCAGUUGCUCAGGAUGUGGCUGCUUUGCGGCUUUCUCACCUCCUUGCUCGCCACAAGGCCUUUUAGGUGGAGCAACUCACACAGGGUGGCAGUUCCCCCCCCCCUUCCGCCUCGCCCAGGGGUUUGGUGCAAAUCGAGACACCUUCGCUCGGUUUCCAAAACCCUCAUUUCCUGCUCUUCUGCUCAGAAACAAUAUGCAAAUCUGCUCUGGGAGGUUUCUGGGCAAAUGUGACAGGCAAAUCCAGGUCACAGUCAGUGAUGAUGGCAGCCUUGGAAAAAUAUGUGUGUGUUUUUUUUGGUGGGGGGGUUGUAGCGGGAAGUUUGGGCUGGAAAUAGAGAACCUGGGGGGUGGAGAAGAUCUGGCAGCAGAAUGGUUUCGUGUGUGUUUUGUGGGUGUAUGAAGAUGGAUAUAUUAUCUUGGUUUUUGUGGUGGGUUUACCUCUUCCUCCAUUCAAAACUCUGAAACUCACUGGCUCAUCUUGAGCCUACCUCACAGGAUUGUUGUGGGGGGACAGGACAGGAGGAGAAAACCUUUUUAUGUUGCCCUGAGCUCCUUAAGGGAAACUAUAUUAAUCAUCAACUGAUUUCUUUUCUUUCUGGCUACCAUCUUAUCCUGUAGGACGUUGACACAAUUUACCAUUCCGAAGACAACCGGGAAUUCAACCUCCUCGAUUUCUGUCACCUGGAAAGCCGGUAAGGAGAAGCCACGUAAAACCAUCUCUGUUAAUAAUAAUAAUAAUAAUAAUAAUAAUAUAUUAUUUCUACCCUGUCCAUCUGGUUGGGUUUCCCCAGCCACUCUGGGCGGCUUUGAACAUUAAAAACUCGCAUACCCCUACCCUACCCUGGUCCACCCUCCAUGUAGCCCCACAGACCUCAAAUCCAUCCUCAAACUGCUAUGCGCUCACUAGGUGACCUUAGGCAAGUGCCUCAGUCUCUCCCCCUUCUAUCUGCAGUAUGGGUCUAAUAGUGCCGGCCUACCUUGGAAGGCUGUUGUGAAGAUUGCCUUGUGAAGCACCCAGGUCACCCACACCAUACAUUUAAAGUACACGGCUUCCCCCAGAGAAUUCUGGGAGCUGUGGUUUGUGGAGGGUGCUGGGAAUUGUAGCUUGGGCCAGGGGCAAACUGCAGUUCCCAGGCUUCCCCUGAGGGGAAGCGAUGUGCGUUAAGUGUACAGCCAGUGCCAGAUUUAUGUAUAAGCUAAACAAACUAUAGCUUAGGGGCCCCCUCUCUUGAGGGCCCCCAAAAAAAUUAAAAGAAAAAAAACCCUGGAUCUACAUUUCCAAAAUACAAGAUAAAACACAAAUAAAAUGGCUUUAGAUACCUAUUAGGUCCGUAAGUAUAGCAUAUAUUCAACACAAACAACAGCAACAAUUUGUUGUUGACAAAGGACAACUGGACAUAUAAAGGGCCCCAUUACCUUCAGUAGUUGAUGGCCUCAUCAAACCUAAAUCCAGCCCUGUUGGGCCAACAUAAUUAACAGGGCACUGAAAUAUUAAAGAGGUCGAAACGAAACAUUGCUAAGGGAAGUCGGAUAUAAAACACGCAUUUCAAACGGCACAAUUAGCAAGAGAAUAAAAUCAGAAUAGAAGGUAUCUGCUGCUGUCGCCGAUGGUGGUUCAUGGUGGGCAGAAGCGGCUGCAGAAGCUCGGGCCCCGUGACUUGAGUCUGCACUGAGAGGCAGCCAAGAUUGGCUCAGCAGCCUUAGCUUUUUGCAGCUGGAGUCAGUCCAGGCAAGGAUUUGCCACUCCCUCCCCUAAUCCCAUUUCCCUCUCCCCCCUUUCUGCUUCUCCUCGCAGGGACUUGGCUCUGAUCGUGGCUGCUUUGGCAUACAACCAGUGGUUCACCAAACUCUACUGCAAGGACUUGCGGCUGGUAGGUCUCCCAAACCGUGGGCAGGCGGCUGGGUGCUGAUUGGGUCUGGAGGCAAGGAGGCUACCACUAGGUGGCACCAGAGCCCACAACCGGCAGAGCCAAGUAAUUAAAGUUUGGUCCUCCUCUCUGCCGAGUCCUGCAAAGGCCACUCUUGAGACGAAGGAGGAGGAAUUCUGACAGCCAAUGAAAACCCCGGGACUGGUUGUUAAGCAGGAAGGCAAGUCGGGGGCUGGCCGACAGCAGUGCAGUGUAGUGGUUAGCGUGCCAGACUAGGAUCUGGGAGAGACCAGGGUUCAAUUUCCUGCUUGGCCCACAAAGCUCACUACUGGGUGACCCUGGGUCAGUCUCACUGCCUCUCAGCCUAAGGCAAAGGUAAAGGGACCCCUGGCCAUUAGGUCCAAUCGUGGCCAACUCUGGGGUUGCGGCGCUCAUCUCGCUUUAUUGGCCGAGGGAGCCGGCGUACAGCUUCCGGGUCAUGUGGCCAGCAUGACUAAGCCGCUUCUGGUGAACCAGAGCAGCGCACGGAAACGCCAUUUACCUUCCCGCCGGAGCAGUACCUAUUUAUCUACUUGCACUUUGACGUGCUUUCGAACUGCUAGGUUGGCAGGAGCAGGGACUGAGCAACGGGAGCUCACCCCGUCGCGGGGAUUCGAACUGCUGACCUUCUAAUCGGCAAGCCCUAGGCUCUGUGGUUUAACCCACAGCGCCACCCGCGUCCCUGCCUCUCAGCCUAGCCUACCUCGAAAGGCUGUUGUGGGAAUUUAAAUGAGCAGGGAGAACUUGUGUACACCACUUUGAGCUCCUUGGAGGGAGAAAGGUGGGGGUAAAAAUGCAGUAAAAUAAAAAUAAAUUUUAAAAAGAAUGAUUGCCUCCACUGAAAGGAACCAAGUGGGUGCGCGGAACAAAGAAUUUCCUUCAAUCUUAGGAUAACCCACACCUGGGAUUUUUGCUCCUCCGCCAGUCUUAGAGGCACAGGUGCCGGUUCAGAGGAAUGGCUGCCAGCUUUGGCAAUAAUAAUAGUAAUAAUAAUAAUUUAAUAUGUGUACCUGCCCAUCUAGCCGGGUUUCUGCCGCCACUCUGGGCGGCUUCCAACAGAAGGCAUCAGCGAUGCUCGCUCCAGGUUUGCCCUUAGCGUCGCCUCCCACCGUUAACUCCCUUAUAAUAAUAAGGAAUAAGAAUAAUAGUAAUAAUAAUAAUAAUUUGAUACAGUGGUACCUCGGGUUAAGUACUUAAUUCGUUCCGGAGGUCCGUUCUUAACCUGAAGCACUUUAGCUAAUGGGGCCUCCUGCUGCCGCUGCGCCCUGGAGCACGAUUUCUGUUCUCAUCCUGAAGCAAGGUUCUUAACCUGAAGCACUAUUUCUGGGUUAGCGGAGUCUGUAACCUGAAGCGUAUGUAACCCGAGGUAGCACUGUAUGUGUACCUGCCCAUCUAGCUGAGUUUCUGCCACCACCCUGGGCGGCUUCCAACAGAAGGCAGCAGCGAUGCUCAGUCCAGGUUUGCCCUCCCGCCGUUUACUCCCUUCCCACCCCGUUCAAAGCACCCACCAAAACCUUCCCUGGCACCCACACCUCUUCUUUCCUCCCUAGGGCUCCGAGGUCGCUGAGCAGGUUCUUCACACGGUGAGCAAAUCCCACCACCUAGAGGAGCUGGUGCUGGACAAUGCGGGGUUAAAAACGUGAGGCAUUGCUAGAUUCACCUUUGCGCCGCUGCAUGCGGAUUGGGGGCGGGGGAGAGAGAGUCUUCCGGUUUCCGUAGGUUCCUUUCGGCCGGGACCAAGCCCAUGCGCGAUGCUGAGGGUAUGCCGCAAAGUUCGGGUCCAGUUUUUGCGGUGUGUACCUUCAGCACUGGACUUUCUGCACAUUGCUGUACUUUCAGUCUCAGAGAGCCUAUCGCUAUUUCUAUUACUAUUUCAUCACUUGCAGUCUGCACCGGUGGGAGGGGCUUGGUUGAAUGGGAGGGGCUUAGUGGAAUGGGAGGGGCUUGGUGGAAUGGGAGGGGCUUGUGGAUGGUAUCCCCUGAUGUUUCCUGUUCUGGGCACGUAAUGCAGGUCUUUCUGUACCUGCGCACUCACACCUUUUCAAAGAAAUAUUCAAAUAUCCCAGUAAUGUCAUUUGAAGGUUGCAGGUUUUCCUCCCCGUAUGGGGCAGCUGCGUAUUCCUGCAUCGCAGCGGGUUGGACUAAAUGAUCCUCAGGGUCCCUUCCAACUCUGCAAUCCCACAAUUCUUUGAAUACUCUGGGGUUUUGCUGCAUUGCUGCAAUAAAAGCAUACCACCUUGCAAAGGUGUGUACACCCUAAAAGAUGGGUUUAAGGGGGGGAAAACAACCUGUAAAAUGAAUAUCAGUUGUGUAUACAAGCGCAUAUGCUAGCAGCCUUGUUUACCAUGGUUUGGAAUGGGCAAAAUUGAAGUUUAUUCUGGUUUCCUUGCGAGGGGAGAUAGUGAUUUCUUUCUUUUUGAAAAAAAAGAAAACAGUACUGAGACCUUGUGGAAGGGUGAUAUUCACCUGACUUAAGACUUCCACUAUCAUCUGUCUAUCUAUCAUCUAUCUAUCUAUCUAUCUAUCUAUCCAUCCAUCCACACCAGGCAUAGGCAAACUUGGCCCUCCAGAUGUUUUGAGACUACAAUUCCCAUCACCCCUGACCACUGGUCCUGUUAGCUAGGGAUCAUGGGAGUUGUAGUCCCAAAACAUCUAGAGGGCUGAACUUGCCUAUGCCUGAUACACACACACACACACACACACACACACAGCUGUACCUCAGGGUCACGGGUCCGAGCCCCACAUUGGGCAAAAGAUUCCUGCAUUGCAGGGGGUUGGGCUAGAUGACCCCCAGGGUCCCUUCCAACUCUGCCGUUCUGUCGUUCUGAUUUUAUGUGUAACUCCCUUCUAAACAUGCUGAGAUUCAAGCACAUCUUCCACAUGCGGCUGUGAGUAUCAGUUGGUUCCCUCAGGCUGCUGUGAAACAAUAUAGCAAGAGAGCUUUUUUUUUAAGCCUGAAAUUAAAUUUUAAGCAGCAAUUAAAUUUUUAUUUUUGAUUUUCAUUUUUAUACAUUUCAAUAAUCUUACAAUCGUUUUAACAUUUUGAAACUUGACUUCCUUCCCUCUCUUUCUGCGGUUCCUUAAAUAUUUUUUUUUAUAUUUUAUGCAUAUUACAAAUUAACUUACUCAUUUAUUUUUCUACUUUAAAUAUAUACUGUACUCACAUAAAAUGGUAGGCUAUUGCAAUAAUCCUGCCAAUGUUCUUAUCUGUAUACUGUUUGUUUGUAAAUAUUCGAUAAACCAUUUCCAGUCUUUUAUAAAAAGUUUGUUACCUUGAUUUCUUGUUUUUCUGGUAUUUUUCGCCAAUUCUCUGCAGUUUGGGUAGUUUUGUCCCUAUAAUUCCCAAAAGGAAAGCUUAUUAUUAUUAUUAUUUACAAAAGUUAUUUUAAACAUAUUUUUCAAUUCAUUAUAUAUCAUUGAAAAAUAUUGGCUGGCCUUUGGACGAUGACAACAUCACGUGGACACAGGGUGGGGGGGGGACGACCCCUUUUUGCAUUCUGAACAGAUUAAUCUGCUUUUAUUUUGCUUCAUAUCCCCAUUUUCGUCGGGAACUCAGCACGCAGAAAGCGGAGGUUUAACCCUUCCCUUCGCCAGCUGUGAUCCUGACGGAAAGCCGUCCUUUCCCACCACCUUCUUUCACCCCUGGUGACAAUUUUUAAUUCGGGAAGGGUUAAACCUGAUUUUAGAAUCGUGUGUGCAGUUUUGCAUCUGGAAGCCUUUGCGCUCUUGAGUUCAGCGGAUCUCAAGAAAGCGAUUGGUGGUACAUGCGUGUGUGUUCAAAAAAGAAGCUGUUAUAUACCUUCGUGCAAAUUAAUUGAAACAAACAAUGUAGUUUAUUGUACAAAACUCACUUAUACAUGUAUAAAACUCACAUAUACGUACAUUAGUAACGGAUAUGACCUUCGCUGUUUUUAAGCAGCAUUUGAACACGGUUUGGCAUGGAGUCUACUAGUUUUGAACAGUUACUGUUGAUUUUCGGAUCCCUGUGCCACACUUGAAUCAGCGCCUGAAUGGGCUUCUCUAUAGUCGUACAGUCUACAGCACGGAGGCGACUUUUGCACAUAGCCCACAAAUUUUCAAUGGGAUUUACGUCCGGGGAAUUCCCCGGCCAAUCAAGUACCUGUAUUUGCUGCUCUGUCAUGAAUUUCUUCAUCACUUUCAUGUGUGACAGGGGGCUAGGUCCUGCUGCAAUGCCCCAUUAUCAUCAGAAUUCCUCGGGUUAAGUACUUAAUUCGUUCUGGAGGUCCGUUCUUAACCUGAAGCACCACUUUAGCUAAUGGGGCCUCCUGCUGCUGCCGCGCCGUUGGAGCACGAUUUCUGUUCUCGUCCUGAGGCAAAUUUCUUAACCUGAGGUAAUAUUUCUGGGUUAACGGAGUCUGUAACCUGAAGCGUAUGUAACCUGAAGCGUAUGUAACCCGAGGUACCACUGUAACUCUUUUCCAUCUCUGGAGUACAGUGGUACCUUGGGUUACAUACGCUUCCGGUUACAGACUCCGCUAACCCAGAAAUAGCGCUUCAGGUUAAGAACUUUGCUUCAGGAUGAGAACAGAAAUCGCGCGGCAGCAGCAGGAGGCCCCAUUAGCUAAAGUGGUGCUUCAGGUUAAGAACAGUUUCAGGUUAAGUACGGACCUCCGGAACGAAUUAAGUACUUAACCCGAGGUACCACUGUAACUCUCGUAGAACCUCAAUAUAUUGUGGCGAGUGCAUCAUUCCUUCUAUUGGCUGCUGGCUUCUGACACCAUAAUGAUGAACUGGCUUUUUGUGUUUGUUUUGAGUACAGGAUUAUGGGUAAGAUAGAAAACAUGCUUUGUUUCAAUUAAUUUGCACAAGGGUGUGUAUGAACAAAUGCAACCAUCUUAAUUAUGAAAGGAGAUCUCACUCCUGUCUCAUCUUGGCCCUGCGACCCUUGAUUCAAUCCAGCUUCCCCUGUGACUUCCCUGCUGGGGAGCUUUCCUCUCACUUGUUUUCAUCUCUCCGGGUCCAUUUGCAGAGAUUUCGCCCUGAAACUGGCCUGCGUCCUGGCAGAGAACCCAAACGCCGUCCUCCAUGCCCUCACCCUCUCCCACAACCCCUUGGAGGACAAAGGUGAGGAGGGAUCCUGAACCAACAAGGCCUUUGGGGGUAAAAAAAGCUUCUCUGCUCUUUGCUCAUCUUCACCCCACUUUGCUUCUCGUCCCCCUUGAACAGGUCUCAGCGCCUUGAGCCAGCAGCUUCUGUGUUUCCCCAAAGGCCUCAGCAAACUUUGCCUUUCCAAGACCAGCAUCACUGCUAAAGGUACGCUUGGCAGGGGUGGGCAAGCUCAUAGCUGUCAACCGUCCCUUAUUUGGCGGGAAAGCCCUUUAUCCCAGUGCUGUGUCCCGCUGCUGUCCCUUACUGAUGAUGUCCCUUAAAUUUCCCGGGUUUCAAAGGAAGCAGCUCCUCUCUCUCCCUCCCUGCCGGCCAGGGAGGAGGGAGGCUCCAACUGUGUUGCUUGGCUGCGUUGCUCACCCAAUAAGGAGCCUAAGAACAACUGGGGGGUGGAGCUUGCAUGCCUUGUGCCGAUCAAAUCGGCCGCGUUGCCUGGGGACUCGCCUUUGCUCAGCGCUUCCCAGCAGAGAGGUGACGGCGGUUUUCCCUGCUGCAUCCCCUUUGCCGGGUUGCUGCGCUGUGGGAACCACCGCUUGAGGCUUUGUUUGGCUGCUGGCUGGGCUUUCUGCCUUUGGCUCGGAGGGUCUCAGAAGCUGAACAUACCUGUGCCCAGAAAAUCCCUUAUUUUGGCUGCUGAUCCCUUAUUUUCGAGGCUGCUGGUCCCUUAUUUUCAAAUCUGUAAGUUGACAGCUAUGGGCAAGCUAGAGAGUCCAUACAUCCAGAAUUUCCCAUACAUAUCUGUGGGAAUGUUCAGGGUGGCAGGAGAGGAUAUAUUGUUUAUUAAUAUCCUUCCUAACUUGCGCUAGCAAGUUCCUUUGCUUAGCAGAGUUACAUUCCCCUUUUUACAUGCACAGCAGAUAGCUGGUCACAGGCUCGUACAAGCCUCUCGCUAUUAUACAAUUCAGUCUGUCUUCGGAUUGAAUUGUACGUUCCUGGCAAGUUGCCUUGAAUCCCGCUUAAAAGAAUAAAGACGCCACAAUCUUAUGCAAAGUCAAUAAAAGAAGUUUACUUACAUGAGUUCACAGUUGGAUUCCUGAAGGCAGACUUAGUUACAAAUAUGUACAUGUGGAUCUACCCCAUAUGGGGGAAUAAUCCCAGUGCUUCUGCUAGCAGAGCAGUCCUAGCUAAAAGCUGGUCAAACGAAGAAGGAAGUCAAAAAAAGGAAAGGUUGCUGCGUGACUCGUCCUUUUGUUACCUGGACAGGUUAGGCCACACCCACCUUCUAUCACAUGCAAAAGGAAGGAUGCUCCAGCCAGGAGGAACAGGAAGUUUCGACUGGCUGAACCAAACUUUCCCUCGCAUGUCUCCUCUAGCAUUUCAAGGAAUGUUGUACUUGACUGCCUCUCAUGGAUCACAUCCCACAAUAUCUGGGAUUCAUCUGUUGGAAAUUGCAGAAAUUACAAAAUCGGUGAAGAUGUCCGGGAAAACACAGACAUGUGGCAACCUUUGUUGGAAGAGCUGGGUUUUUUGGGGGGAACUUCCUAAAAAAUGGCUCAAAAACUUGUGUGUCUGGAUUUUCACUUUUUGAAAUGUGGCAAGCUCAGUGGGCAGAGUGGGCACAGGAAAAAAGGAGCGCUCACAGCACUUUUGGUCCAGUUUGCAUUUAAAGGCAGCCUCAGGCGGUUCCUAUAUUAUUAAUAGCUGCAGUAUUUAGUAGAUUGACGCAUUAUGUCAAAAUUCAUUUGUUUGUGUAUUUGUUCUAUUAUGUUUUUGACAUUUACCGGCUGCCUCAUGAGCAAAAAAACCAAAGAAGAUUUAUCUGACCUGGGGAGAGGUUUCACCAGUUGGUUUUCUGCCUGUCAUGCAGCUGGCAGGCAGAGGCAAUGUGAGGCAAACUGAGCCAGGGACCUAGGGCACAGGCACCUCAGUCAACAUGGCCCUUGGAAUGAGGCAUGAUGGGAGUUGUAGUCCUGAAACAUCUGGAGGCCCAGAGGCCUAGAGCUGUGCAGUCCCAGGAAUGUUUCCUCAUAAGUAAGCUGCACUGAAUUCCCCAAUAAGACUGACUCACUAUUAGGGGUGGGGGACAAAUUAAACUCAUUUCUUAUUUAAGGAUAAACCUAAUUUGCACUUUGUGAAAUAAUAUGCAAACCGAAAUUUAGCUAUCCUUCAAAAAUUGGCUUAUCUCUGAAUUUUGCAGUGGAGCUCUUUGGCCGAAUAAUUUGUACCAAAAAAAUAUAUGCAUAGACAUGAGAUAAAAUGAGCACAAAAAUGCAUAUAUUGUGAAGAUAGCAUUUAUAUGGGGUGUAUUAGGCAAAAUUGUGUACAAGGAACAGGUUUAUAAGGAGAAAUUCAGACUCAAAUACUGAGGAAUGUUGAUAAGGUUUAUUUUUUUUUAAGUAAUAGUCGUGAACCGCUUCCCUCACGAGUUGUGAAUGGGGAAGCGUCCAAAGAGCUACAUAAAUUGAAUGGUGGUGACAGUUUGUGGGCCUGUUUUCCUUUCCCAGGACUCGCCAUUCUGUGCCAGACCUUUGGAGCCAACCCAGCCUUCACCAGCUCCCUCCGCCAUCUUGACCUGAGCAAAAACCCAGGGUUAUUGGGGACGGAGGAGGCAAACGUGAGUGACCUGUAACUUUUGCGGUGACGCAAUUGUGGUGCAUUUGUCUUGGACGGCCACACAUAGCUCUGCUUUCCUAGUUUUUCUGCUUAGUUUCCUUAGUGUUAUCACCCUGGCUACAUUUGCACGAUACAUUUAGUGCUCUAUGAUACUGCUUUAAGCAGUCCUAGGCGUCCCCCAAAGCAUUCUGGGAGCUGUAGUUCAGUGAAGGUGCUGAGAGUUGUUCGGAGACAUCUAUUCCCCUCACAGUACUACGAUUCCCAGAGUUCCCUGGGAAGAGAGUGACUGUUAAGACACUCUGAGAAUUGUAAUUCUGCGAGGGGAAUAGGCAUUUCCUCACAACUCUCGGCUCCCUUGAACUACAGCUUCCAGGAUGCUUUGGGGGAAGAAAGAUUGAUAGAUAAAAAUCUUUAUUUGCAUCAGCCGCAAGCCAUGGCAAAGGAAUCAAAUACAGCAAAAUACUGAUAUAGCUAGAUGGCUGGCUAUACAAAAUACAGUGGUACCUUGGUUUACAACCAUAAUCUGUUCCGGAGGUCCGGUUGUAAACCAAAACAGGUUGUAACCCAAGGCGCGCUUUCGCCAAUGGGGCCUCCCCCCAAAAAAGGGGGGUUGUAAUCCCAAAAAAGGGACACGCACUUCCGGGUUUGACGUGGUUGUUCUGCCUGGUGUCACCACCGCUCCACAUGCUUCGUCCCCUCUCACCCCUUUCCUUUCCCCUCUUUUUUAGGGCUUCUAUUCCUUCCUGGCCCAGCCCAACGCACUGGUUCACCUGGACCUCUCGUCCACAGACUGCGCCGUGGAUGCUGUAAGGUUUUAAGAGAGCCGCAGACUCCGGGGGCGGGGGCAAGGGUGACGUGGAAAGCCUGCCGGGUUACGAGGUGCCGAUGCGGGAAAGAGGGAUGGCCCCAGCCCUUUGGCGACCGGGAUAAUUACUCACUAUUCCUCCUCCUCUUGGGUGUCCUUUUUUUUUUUAAAAAAAAAUAUUUUUAUUAGUUUUUUUAACAUAUCAUUUCCAACAUUCAUAUAACAUAAUUUCUUAUCUUAUACAAUAUUUUUGACUUCCGUCAACUCCUCUGAUGAUUUUCCAUUUUUAUCACUUGUUCUGCAUUUCUUAAUUUCUCUAUUACUCUUAAAUAUCAUUAACUAAUAAUUCUCCUCAUAGUCCUUCUUGCAAUAUUUCAAAUAAUCCUCCUUACAAAACGUCUUGCAAUCCUACUGGCGUAGUCUGUUCAUUACCAUUACUUUUCAAAUAGUUCGUAUAUUUACUCCGGUCUUCUAAGAAUCUCUGGUCCCGCAGGUUUUGAAUCCUUCCUGUUAAUUUAUCUAACUCUGCAUAGUUCAUCAGUUUCAUCCUCCAUUCUUCUUUCGUCGGUAAUCCUUCUUGUUUCCAUGUUUGUGCCAAUAAUAUUCUUGCUGCCGUCAUUGCAUAUAAAAACAACUUACAAUCCUGUCUAUUUAUAUCAUCUCCUACAAUGCCAAGUAAAAAUGCUUCCUCCUUUUGGGUGUCUGUCUAUCUUGUCAGUGUCUGUCUUGUCAGUGUCUUGUCAGUCAGUGUCUGUUUGGGCGUCUGUCUAUCUUGUCAGAGAGCCAGUGUGGUGUAGUGGUUAAGAGCGGUGGACUCGUAAUCUGGGGAACCGGGUUCGCGUCUCCGCUCCUCCACAUGCAGCUGCUGGGUGACCUUGGGCCAGUCACACUUCUCUGAAGUCUCUCAGCCCCACUCACCUCACAGAGUAUUUGUUGUGGGGGAGGAAGGGAAAGGAGAUUGUUAGCCGCUUUGAGACUCCUUCGGGUAGUGAUAAAGCAAGAUAUCAAAUCCAAACUCUUCUUCUUGUCUAUCUGUCCCCAUAGCUCUUUGGGGCCCUGCUUCACGGCUGCUGCCCACGGCUUAGCUACCUCAACCUGGCACGGAACACCUUUUCCCACAGGUAAGGAACUCCCUUCGUCUCUCUACCCUCUUUCCGGGAGACCCUCCGGUUGGAACAACUUCUGGAUGCUCAGAGCGGCGGCGGCGGGGUGGGGGUGGGUUAAAUGGCUUCUCUGAUGGCCUUUGGCUUGGAAUCAAUUUGAUUCCCUCCCCCUCUUUCUUUCUUCCUUUCCCCUUCAGUGAUAGAACUCCUAUUUGGGGACUUCCCUGGCUUUUUUCUGUCCCACGUAGGACCAGUCUGGAUAGUUAGCUUUGGUGAAGACUUGACAUUUUCAUCCCCCAAAAAGUUUUUGAUUUGAGUUUCCACUGAAACGAGGCUGUGUUUUAAUGUUUCAAUGUUGUCUUUUAAUCUUGUUUUUAAGUUAUAUUUCAAUCAAUUGUUUUUAUAUCUGGUGUUAGCCGCCCUGAGCUCGGUCUUGGCUGGGGAGGGCGGGAUAUAAAUAAAAUUUAUUAUUAUUAUUAUUAUUAUUAUUAUUAUUAUUAUUAUUCCUCUGUCUCCCUCUGCAGGAAAGGAAAGGGACUGCAGCCAUCUCUCAAGCAGUUUUUCUGCAGUGCCUAUUCCCUCACCUAUGUGAACCUGUCAGGCAUCAAAAUGCCCGUGGAGGCAUUAAGGUGAGCACUUGCCCGCCCUGCACCCUGUCGUUCCGAAAACACUGUGCAUGUGUGCGUUAGGACUCUAUUCCGCCAUUAGGUUUUCCAGCUGGCCACUUUGAGCUCCCCCCUCUCUCAGGUUGCCGGGUUUCUGGAACACAGAAAGACCCCUUAAGGUUGAAAAUAACAAUAAUUUUAUUUGUAUCCCGCCCUCCCCAGCCAAAGCCGGGCUCAGAGCAGCUAACAUAAUAAAAAUCAGACAACACGCAUAAUACAAUAUGCAAGUAAAAUAACAUUCAACAUUCGUUAAAAUAAUAUAGACUAUUAAAUAUGGCAAAUCAAAAUGGAGGAUUUUGCAACACUGAACAAGAUCUCUUUGAUUUUAUGAGUAAAGCAAGAAGAAAAAAGUAUUAUAGGAUUCAAACAAGAAUGAGCUUCCUUUUUUGAGUCGGACCUUUUGGUCUGUCUAGCUCAGCAUUUCGUACACUGACUGGCAACAGGCGCCCAGGGUUUCAGACAGGGGAUGUUCCCAGCUCCUGGAACUUGUCUGCGUGCAAAGCUCUAUCCCUGAGCUGUCUUUGAGACUCAUGAGAUGGGGUGUAGUGACCUCAGGCCAAGGGGGACCUCAUGAUGUCAUGGGGCAAAACCCUAAUACAUGGAAUGUGGUCCAGUAGUAAGGACAAUGACAUUAUUAUUAUUAUUAUUAUUAUUAUUAUUAUUAUUAUUAUUAUUAUAUUUGUACCCUGCCUAGCUGACUGGGUUGCCCAAGCCACUCUGGCCAUCAUCCAACAAAAUAUAAAAACACAGUAAGACAUACACCUGACAUUAAAAAUGUCCCUGUACAGGGCUGCCUUCAGAUGUCUUCUGAAAGUCAAGUAGUUGUUUAUUUCCUUGAUGGGAGGGCGUUCUACAGGUUGGGCGCCACCACCGAGAAGGCCCUCUUCCUGGUUCCCUGUAACUUCACUUCUUGCAGUGAGGGAACUGCCAGAAGGCCCUCGGAGCUGGACUUCAGUGUCCAGGCUGAACGAAGAAGAGACACAAAGACCUUGGAGGAUGAGAGCAUUUCUGUGCCUUGCCUGUUGCUCUGGGCUUCUUCAUAACUCUCAGCACCUUUAACUACACUUCUCAGGAUUCUCUUGGGGAAGCCAUUUCUGUUUAAAGCGGUAUGAUACUGCUUUAAAUGCAUAGUGCGGAUGGGACCUUCAACACGUGGACAUCGCCAGAGUGAGGAUAGCUGGUGUAGGGUAACAGGCUAGCUAGCUCCCAGGACUUCUGGGAAACUACAGUUUCCCGCAACAUUCUCACAUGAUUGCCAUGACAAGCCUAAGACUGGUUCAAGCUUCCAGUGCCACGUCCAUGGGCUCUGCUGCCCUCUGCUGGAGGGAGGCCCCGGCUAUCUGAGUGAUAGCCAACGCCUCGGAAAGCUUUAAACUUUGUACUGUUUUUUAUGUUGUUAGAUUUUUACCGUGUACAGUGGUACCUCGGGUUAAGUACUUAAUUUGUUCUGGAGGUCCAUUCUUAACCUGAAACUGUUCUUAACCUGAAGCACCACUUUAGCUAAUGGGGCCUCCUGCUGCCGCUGCGCUGCUGUUCUCAUCCUGAAGCAAAGUUCUUAACCCGAGGUACUAUUUCUGGGUUAGCGGAGUCUGUAACCUGAAGUGUAUGUAACCUGAAGCGUAUGUAACCCGAGGUACCACUGUAUAUAUAUUGCUGCACAAUGCUUUAUUAUACUGUGUCUAUAGAAACACAAAUGAGGGUUAGACAAAUUCACGCAGAACAAGGCUCUCAGCGGUCACUGGUGACAAUGGUUGUCGUCCCUUGCGCAGAGCUCAGUGGCAGGAGAGGUCAGCCAAGCAGCCAAGUCUUGGGGGGGGUGUACUUGGCCGGAGGCAGAGUCUAUCUACAAGGUCCAGUCCAGUCCUAAGGCCAGGAGUAUCUCAGUUCACUUAGUCAGAAGAUCCGGGGGUCAAGAAAGUUGAGGGUUGCAAGAAGCAGCAAGGUCCGGCCAGGAACGACAAACGUCAUUUCCAGCAACUGACUGAGGCUGGAAGCCCUGUUUAAGAACCAGCUGGUUCACAUCAGGAGCAAGAAGGCUGAUCAGCGGCAGGUGGAGUCACUCUGCUUCCUGCCCCUUCAGGCUGCUGCUCAGCAGGUGAAGCAAAUUCCUGGCCCGUGACAACAAUGGCUGUUCUCUCCCUCUGCGUCAAAGGAGCAGUCAGUAAUCAGACAGGCCAAAGAUGGCGUUAACUCUUCAUCAGCAAAAAUACAACCUCCACAGACUUGGUUGAAUGUCAGGCCUCAUGAGCAUAGCUGCUCGUUCCCGGUGGUCUUCCUCCGUGGAAAUCAUUUGCUGAGAUUGAAAGUCCUCUCCGCCUCCUCAGGGGUUUUCCCCAAGGAAUCGGAGACUGCGCCUGCAUGUAGCCAACCUCUCCUCCUCCCCUUUCAUGCCUCUUCUGGUUCGCGGUAGGCCACAGAAUACCGGUUUCUGAGAACCGCCAGCAGAAAGAGUUGAUGUUGAAUUUUCUGCAUGCAGAGCAGGAUUUCGCUCACUCAGAUGUCCCUAGUUCGCUUGUUCAAACCACAAUAUGUCCUUGCCUUCCUCGCUCAGGUCUCUUUUCCAAGGUCUGUCGGCCAACACCCACCUCAGCGAACUCCACCUGGACCUGAGUGGAUGUGAGGUAAAUCGGGGUGGGGCGAAUGGGGUGGGCUUCUUGAGCAGACGUCUUCUCAGAGAGGAGGCGUUGGGGGCCGAGCUGCUUCCGUGUGAGGCGAUUUACCUCAGAGCUUCCCAGCAUCCAUUUGAUACGAUAGGCCUCUUGAGCUCCCUUUCCUCUCUGAGUCACUCAUUAAACCUCUCUCUCUCUCUUUCUCUCUCUCCGUCUUCCUUUCCUUCCUACCUAGUUGCGCUCCCCGGGUGCUCACGUCCUUCAAGAGCAGCUGUCUGGAAUCAGCGCCUUGAGUAGUCUAGAUCUUUCUGACAAUGGUGAGACCAUGAUGCUCCCCAGCUGCUGCUCCUGCCUUAAUAAUAAUAACAAUAUUUUAUUUAUAUCCCGCCCUCCCCAGCCGAAACCGGGCUCAGAGCGGCUAACAACAGUAAAAUAUUGUGUUUGCCCUUCCUUGUUGCAGAUAUUGUGCAGUCUGAAGUGACUAGAAGCAUAAGAACUGACUCCUUCUGGAAUAAAUCAUUGUCCAGACCCAUUUUAAAAAAAUAUUCAAACUUUUACUAGCAGAUCUCUUUAAAAUAAAACAGAAUAAAGCAAAUCAUGUGUCCGAAAUAUCCAUACAAUGCCUUGUGCUCUCCAGCACAGGCUCAGCAUCUUGCAAAAUAUGAAAUAAUCGAAACAGACCUAUAAGCAAAGGUUUCUCUCUCUCCACAGCUUGCAUUCCAGCCUCCAGGCUAUUUACUCUCCCUUGAGGAGAGCUUCAUUUUACAUCUUCACGGUUGAGUUUGGGAGAAAAGACUCACAAAGGCAGCUCCCUUCAAAAUGGAGAUUUGCAACCCAAUACCUCUCACAAUAUGAUCUAAGGUUACAACCCUUAUGUGUUAGCUACCAGAGAAACAACAAUCAGUUAGUUAUUCAUUAACUUAGCAAAAGCUCAGAGUGCUCUCCUUGGCUUUAAUAUAGCCCCAUGGUGGGGAAAAACCCCUUGUUAAAUCUUCUGCAAUAUACCUUCAGCCAUUUUUCAUUUCUGUGUCAAUUAAAGCAUUGUACUUAACAUUCCUGACCUAUCCUGCCACUCCCUCCUCCUCCUCCUCCUCCUCACGCCAGGCUUCGACGCCGACUUGCUGACUCUCGUCCCGGCGCUAGGCAGGAACAAGUCUCUGAAGCACCUCUGGCUGGGCAAGAACUUCAACGUCAAAUCCCGGUGGGUUUAUUUAUAUAUUGAAUUUAUAUACAGCCCUAUACCCGGAGGUCUCAGGGUGUUUCACAAAACCUGGGUUACAUAGAGGCGGAUUUAGGGGAGCGCAAACGGUUGGCUCGCACUGGGCGCUGAGCCAAGAGGGAGCUGCAAGGUACACUGCAAUAAUGACGAGCAACAGAAGAUGAGAGGCAUUUGGGUGCUGAAUGUUGGUGUCACAAAGGGCACCACUGAAAUUUUAAAGCCCAAAUUACGUCCCUGGGCCAUGCCCCUUGGUUGGGCGAUCUAGGACUAUCCAGGGCGACGGUGUCAUGCUGUCGUUUAGUCACUAGGGGGCGCUGCACUUAAGUUGCUUCUUCAUUUGGAAGGUUUGUGAACCGUUUGACCAUAGAGAUCUCUGAUUGAUGUACGAGAUGUUGAUAAAGUGCGGAUGAAAUCCACAAUUUUAAAAAAGAAAUAUGCACAAGUUGAUGGUCAUUAAAGCACAGGGGAAAACCCAGCGGAACUCUAAAAACAAACAGGAGGUUCCUUUUUCUGGAGAGAUUUGUCAAAAGGCAAGCUUGGUUCCAUCUUAUUAAGUUUAUUCAUGAAGAAUCAGAAGCCCCACAAGCCCCUGGUGAUAUAUGCAAACAUAUGGAGCAGUUCUGCAGCGGAAUCAUUUCAAGAUAUACUAAAAAAAUCACGCAUCCACUGUUUCGUGGGGCCGCAAUGGUGCAAAAACGUGGUUACAAAGCACAGAUCCACAUGGAUCCUCAGGAUUUUUGCAUUGGGUCACCCCAAAUUCACAUCAGAUCACAUAGCACGUCCAUGGCUACAGCCUGCACCAAAAAAAUCACACACCCACUGUUUCGUAGGGCUGCAAUGGCGCAAAAAUGUGGUUACAAAGCACGGAUCCACAUGGAUUCUCAAGAUUUUUGCAUUGGGCUACCCCAAACUCACCGUCAAAUCACAUGUCUGUAGCCACAGCACGAACCACAAAAAUCAUACAUCCACUGUUUCAUUCAGAAUAUUUUUUUUCUUGUUUUCCUCCUCUAAAAACUAGGUGCGUCUUAUAGAGCGAAAAAUACGGUGCCUUAUAGGGAGCAAUUUGUAAAUGGAAUCAAAUAAACAAACUGCCCUGACAUGCCCACGUUGCUCUUGUUCCUCAGUCUGACGUUCCCCCUGUUGUCUCUCUGUAGGACCUUGGAGGAAAUCCUUCAGAAGAUUGUGCAGAUGAUCCAGGAAGAGGAGUGUGUAAGUCAGGGGUCAGCAAACCUUUUCAGCAGAGGGCCGGUCCACUGUCCCUCAGACCUUGUGGGGAGCUGGACUGUAUUUUGAAAAAAAGAAAGAAAAAAGAACGAAUUCCUGUGCCCCCAAAAUAACCCAGAGAUGCAUUUUAAAUAAAAGCACACAUUCUACUCAUGUAAAAACACGCUGAUUCCUGGACCAUCCGCGGGCUGGAUUGAGAAGGUGAUUGGGCCAGAUACGGCCCCCGGGCCUUAGUUUGCCUAUCCAUAGUGUAAGUCCUUUGCUGUGCAAAAGUGGUGUGGUGGUUUGUAGACUGAAGAGUGGGGCAGGUGGAGGGUUGCAAACUGAAACCUGUGGGGGAAAUCAGAGCGACAGUGUGGGUAUCUCUGUGACUGGGUUGCGCAACAUGUUUUCUUUACUUCCACUAGUGGAGUUUGCUUGGGUUUUUCCCCCAAUUUGAACAGGGAAACAGAGAUGAGGGCAGAGUAGAUUUUAACCACCGCCCUGCUUUUUCCUGAUCUAAAUGGACCCCCAACACAGACACACAAAUCUACUGUUAGUCCCUUUGGCACCACGAAUGCUGGGGCCUGUAUUUUAUAGGUUUUUAAGAUAAACGAGGUUGGCUUCUAAAACAAACAUACCUUUAUUUAUUGUCGUUGAUUUAUUAAAUUUGUAUACCGCCCUUUAUCCACAGACCUCAGAGCGGUUCACAACAUAAAAUGACGAUAUAAAAAACACAGAAUACAUAACAAAAAUGAGAACAACAACAUCAGUGAUCCGCCCCACCCUUCCGCAACACGUUUUAAAAGGGCAUCGGAUUUCAGUCAGCCAAAGGGCUGGUUAAAGAGGAACAUUUUCGUCUGGCUCCUAAAAGUAUACAGUGGUACCUCGGUUUACGAAUUUAAUCUGUUCCGGAAGUCUGUUCUUAAACUGAAACCGUUCUUAAACUGAGGCGCACUUUCCCUAAUGAGGCCUCCUGCCGCCCGUGCCCUUCCACCAUUCGGAUUCCAUUCUUAGACCAAGGUAAAGUUUGCAAACCGGGACACUACUUCCGGUUUUGCGGAGUUCGUAAACCAAAUCGUUUGUAAUAAUAAUAGUAAUAAUAGUAAUAAAUUUUUAUUUAUACCCCGCCCUUCCCAGUUCAGAAAACUGGGCUCAGGGCAGCUAACAACAAAUUUAAAACACUUAAUUGAUGCAACAAAAAACAGCAUAAAAUACAAAACAUGAAUAACAAUAAAUUCAGAAUUCAAAAAUCAAUUUAGGGGGGAAAUCUAUUCAAUAAACAUUAGAUGAUUACUAGUGCUAGCUGGCUAAAUUAAUCCUACUUGGGCCAGUGAGGAGACAAGGGGAGAAUUAGCUGUGGGAUCCCAGAGCGGGUAAUCUUCAUAAAAAAAAGGGGGGGGAGGAAGGGGAAUAAAAGAUCAGGCUAAGUUCAAAUUGAAAGCCAGGUGGAAUAGCUCUGUCUUACAGACCCUGCGGAAGGAAGUUAAAUCCUGCAGGGCCCUAGUCUCAUGGGACAGAGCAUUCCACCAGGUCGGAGCCAUCACCGAGAAGGCCCUGGCCCUGGUGGAGGAUAGUCUGACUUCCUUAGGGUCCGGGACCUGUAAACUAUGAUUAUUCAUGGACCUUACGGUCCUCUGGGUGCAUACCAGGAGAGGUGGUCUGUAAACAGGACUGUUGUUAAACCCAGGUCCCACUGUAUAAUGAAGGCGCCACAACCUCUUCUUCACACUUUCUCUUACUGCCUGUGUAUCUUAGGCUAUCUAUCAAUAUAUAUCGGUACCACAAUGGCGCAGGCAAUUCUUUCCCUUCCCCUUUUAUUCUCACAACAACCCUGCGAGGUAGGAUAAUCUGAGAGGCGGUGACUGGCUUACGUUGACCCUGUGAGCAUAGUGGCUGAGUGGCAAUUUGAACCCUGGCCGCUCUCCGCCCCUAGUCCUAAUCUGGCACUCUUAAGCCCUGUGCCACGAUGAGAUGCUCCCUCACUCUGUCCUUUUCUUCUUCUUCUUAUUCUCCUCCUGCCUGCUACCCCGAAGUCCCUGCAGUCUUUCUCCGUUGCCGACUCCCGGCUCAAAACCCGCACCAGCAUCCUGAUCAACGCCCUGGGCAGCAACACUUGCCUGACCAAAGUGGACCUGAGUGGGAACUGCAUGGAGGACAUCGGAGCCAAGAUGCUGUCGAAAGCCCUGCAGAUCAACAGCACGCUGAGGUGGGCGGGGGAAACCGGCCGGUCAGGCAGGGCAGGGGCUUCCCGGUUGGUUUGCCCAGCCUUUGGAUAUCUGGGGUACGCUUGCCCCCCCCCAAAAAAUUUUGCCACACGGACCCGAAAAUGCCUGACUGGGCUUCUUUGAGAGGGAAGGAAAUUUACCUCAGCGCUCUCUCCAACUCCUCCCCAUCAGCAGAAGGAUUGCUGCUCGCAGAAUGGGAUCCGUGCAAGGAUUAACGCUGGGAUCACUUCUCUUCUCCAGAUCUGCACUAGCAAAUCGAGGGAACCCCCUAUAAUAGAUUUAGAGGGUGAAUUUGCGGAGGAGGAGAAGGGGUGGGGAAGUCCAAUGGCAAUAGCCUUGCGCUGAGGGAUGCUCAGUUAGGGUAGCGUUGUGUUGGCUGCAACCCCCCCCCCCAAAAAAUCCCCAAUAGUAUGGAGGUUUGUAUAAUCAUAGAGUUGGAAGGGACCGCAAGGGUAAUCUGGUACAACCCGCUGCAAAGCAGGAAUCUUUUGCCCAAUGUAUGGCUCGAUCCCACAACCUGGAGGUUAUAAGUGGGGGAUGAAAUAGGAAACCAGGGAAGGGAACAUGUAAUGGAGUAUUCUAAGAAUGGGCUCCUGGUCAGGUGUACUGUGUCUUCCUAUCUUCUUUGGCGAUCACUCAUAGCCGAGUAAGAUUGUCUUCCAUAAACACAGCUUUAUCAGUGAGUCCGUAAGUGACUGUGGAGGCCAAUUCUAGAUCCACACGUCCUUCCACAGUGGGGACAUUGGUUUCCGGGUGGGAGUUGAUCAUGGUGAGCGUUUGCCAAGCGUGCCUUCCUCUUAGCACAUUUCUCCCUUGCGUCCUGAGUUCGAGUGUCUUCAAAGCCCACGACACCUUUGGUAAAGGCUGUUCUCCAACUGGAGCGCUCACAGGCCAGUGUUUCCCAAUUGUCGGUGUAUAUACUACAUUUUUUAAGAUUUGCCUUGAGAGAGUCUUUAAACCUCUUUUGUUGACCACGAGCAUUACGCUUCCCCUUUUUAAAGUUCGGAAUAGAGUAGUUGCUAAUGGAGGCUGUUUCACAUAACUGCUGUUUGGCAGGCAAGGAGGGAAGGAACUCAAUUGCUUGUUGCGGGUCAGGAAUUGAUAAGUCAAAACAAGAGAUGGGAUCACAACCGCUACCUGUUCCCCCACCCCUUUCUUGCUUUCAAGGAGUAUUUCCUGGGAUAAGAACAAUACAACUGCACAAGGCUUUCAGGACAUCGCCAGGGCCUUGGAGAAGUGAGUAACUAGAGCGGUUUUGUACUCCUUUUCCUUGAGGGAAUAGGGGGGCGGGGGGAGUCGAAAGCCAGUGUGGUGUAGUGGUUAAGAGCGGUAGACUUGUAAUCUGGUGAACCGGGUUCGAUUCCCCGCUCCUCCACACGCAGCUGCUGGGUGACCUUGGGCCAGUCACACGUCUCUGAAGUCUCUCAGCCCCACUCACCUCUCAGAGUGUUUGUUGUGGGGGAGGAAGGGAAAGGAGAAUGUUAGCCGCUUUGAGACUCCUUCGGGUAGUGAUAAAGCGGGAUAUCAAAUCCAAAACAACAACAACAAAAAACAUGGCUUCUCAUGCUCACAUUUUCACGAGAGAAAGAGAGUACGUGGCUUAAAGGUUUCUGAAACGUUAAAUGGUUUAUAAAUGCUUUCGAAUAAAUAAAUAAAACGGCCUCUUCUGCAGCAACUACACCCUCAAGUUCAUGUCCUUCCCCAUGAGUGACAUCACGGCGGCCUACCGAAACGCCCCUGAGAGGACGGACGAGGUGUGGCAAAAGGUGAGCCCUGCCCCUUCCCUACGGGCCUUGGGAUGAGGGGGAUAAUUUGGUCCCGUUUGCAUUUUAGCGAGAAACUACCCAACUCGUUCCUCUCGAACGAUCCUUAAGCACUUGCACUUCUCUGAAUUUUGCACUUGCCCCCCCCAACCAAGUAAUGUGUGUAAAAAAUGGACAUAUGGGGAGAAAGUCUGGCUAUAAAAGCCUUUAUCGGCGGAAAUAACACGCAAGGUGCGUUUUAUGAGGGAGAAUUGCUUGAGAAACCGUGUAUAAAAUGGUUCCGUUCCGGAAGACCAUUCGACAUCCGAAAUGUUCGAAACCCGAGGCGCAAAGGGCGGUCUGCAAAUUUACAGAGAAAAUUGAGAACAAUACAGCAGUACCUCAGCGGAAGCCAUUCGACUUCUGAGGUGUGUUCGAAAACGGGAGCAUUUACUUCUGGGUUUACGGCGUUCGAGUUCUGAAACGUCCGUCAACGGAGACAUUCGAGAACCGAGGUACCACUGUAUCAUAGCUGUCAACGUUUCCCUUUUUUAAAGGGAAAUUCCCUUAUUCUGAAUAGGAUUCCUCGCAAGAAAACGGAAAAGUUGACAGCUAUGCACUGUAUUGGGUGGAGCAGCAUACAGAAAUUGAGGGCAAGAGAAAAAUUAAGUUUUUGUGAGGAUUUCUUUAGAAAUCAUCAUCUGUGGCAGUUGUAGAGGAGAAACUUGAAACGAAUGGAUUUGGACCGCUGGAGAAAUGCCCACUUCCUCUGCUGGCGUGCAAAUCCCAGCUUUGGCAUGAUCCCUUCCCUGUCUCUUUCCCCCCUCCUCUCUCCCCUUCAGAUCCAGUGGUGUCUCCUCAGGAACAACCACUCGCAGAAGUUCCCCCAGGACCAAGCCUUCCGCCUCCACCAGGGAAUCGUCACCAAUAGCGCCGAGCAAGUAAACGUUCCCAUCUCCCUGUUCGGCACACACUUGCCACCCCUUCCUGCAAAUUCCCGUGCGGAACGAGCGGGGCCUGUCCGCCCCACGCCCAGAGGGGCUGCUGUGAUUGGCCGGCCAGCGGGUUCGGGACUUGGCGCCUUGGCGAGGGCCAGGAGCUAAUGGCCCCCUGUGUCUUGCCCCUUCCCUAGAUGAUGAGCCGCCUCUGUGUCAGGGUCCAGGAAGAGGUGCGGUUGCUGCGGACCUGCUCCGCCGACCCGAUCCAGGAGGAAGUGCUCUACGCCCGGGAACUCAUGAAGGAAGCCAAGAACUCGCGGGCGGUGAGCUUCAUCUAUUUAUUUACAUUCCUAGCCCCACGGUUCCUCCGAGGAUCUGAAGGCGUUGCGCACGUGGUUCAUUUCCCCCUCCUCAUCGACAUACCUCACGACAACCCUGUGAGGUAGGUUAGACUGAGAGGCAGUGACUGGACAAAAGUCACCCGGGGAAUUUUGUGGCUGAUAUAACUUCAUAUUGAAAUUGAAUUGAAAUACCUUAUAGUCACUUGUACAACUUGUAUACAGUGAGAUUACACGAGCACCCCCCACUCAGCUCUCUUAGUCUUAAUUCCCCACAUUUACUGACACACAAGGGACGCGGGUGGCUCUGUGGGUUAAACCACAGAGCCUAGGACUUGCCAAUCAGAAGGUCGGCAGUUUGAAUCCCCGCGACGGGGUGAGCUCCCAUUGCUCGGUCCCUGCUCCUGCCAACCUAGCAGUUCGAAAGCAUGUCAAAGUGCAAGUACAGUGGUGCCUCGCAAGACGAAAUUAAUCCGUUCCGCGAGAGUCUUCGUCUAGCGGUUUUUUCGUCUUGCGAAGCAACCCUAUUAGCGGCUUAACGGAUUAGCGCUAUUAGCGGUUUAGCGGCUAUUAAAGGCUUAAAGGCUUAGGGAUUAGCUGCUAAAAGGCUAUUAAAGGCUAUUAAAGGCUUAGCAGAUUAGAUAAAGGGGGAAAAGCGAAAAAAUCUCAAGACUCGCAAGACAUUUUCGUCUUGCGAAGCAAGCCCAUAGGGGAAUUCGUCCUGCGAAGCAACUUCAAAACGGAAAACCCUUUCGUCUAGCGGUUUUUCCGUCUUGCGAGGCAUUCGUCUUGCGGGGCACCACUGUAGAUAAAUAGGUACCGCUCCGGCGGGAAGGUAAACAGCGUUUCCGUGCGCUGCUCUGGUUCGCCAGAAGCGGCUUAGUCCUGCUGGCCACAUGACCUGGAAGCUGUAUGCCGGCUCCCUCGGCCAAUAAAGCAAGACGAGCACCGCAACCCCAGAGUCGGUCACGACUGGACCUAAUGGUCAGGGGUCCCUUUACCUUUACCUUUUACUGAUGCACACCCACCAAACCCGAAAGUCAGUUGCCCUGUUGUUAUCUUUUCAUUCAGCAGCCUACCAGCCCAUGGAUAGAAGCUGUUCUUUACCCUGUUGGUGCGACUAAUCACGCUUCUAUAUCUUCUGCCCGAGGGCAGGAGAUCAAGAAAGUGCCGGCCGGGGUGUGAAUCAUCCCUGAUAAUUUUCCUCACUCUCCUGAGGCAACGUUCUUCCACUAUUUCAUCCAGCGGAUUCAUGGGACAGCCCAUAAUAUCUUGUGCUGUAUUCACCACCCUUUCUUCGCCUUGUCAGCUAUUUAUUUAUUUAAAGGGAUGCGGGUGGCGCUGUGGGUUAAACCACAGAGCCUAGGACUUGCCAAUCAGAAGGUCGGCGGUUCGAAUCCCCGCGACAGGGUGAGCUCCCGUUGCUCGGUCCCUGCUCCUGCCAACCUAGCAGCUCAAAAGCAUGUCAAAGUGCAAGUAGAUAAAUAGGUACCGCUCCGGCGGGAAGGUAAAUGGCAUUUCCGUGUGCUGCUCUGGUUCACCAGAAGCGGCUCAGUCAUGCUGGCCACAUGACCCGGAAGCUGUACGCCAGCUCCCUCGGCCAGUAAAGCGAGAUGAGCACCGCAACCCCAGAAUUGGCCACGACUGGACCUAAUGGUCAGGGGUCCCUUUACCUUUACUAAAUUUCUCUCCCAAACGUUCUCUGUGAAAAUCCGUAUCCAAACCGAAACUGUAGAAAGGUCUCUGUAGGUGUGUUCCUUGUGUGCUUUUUAAUGAUGAUAUUUUUACUGCAGUUUAUUGAAUAAAAAACACACAGAGAGAGAAAAGCACCUGCGAAGCAUCCUAUCUCUUUUUCUCUCUUAGCUCUUCCCCAGCCUGUAUGAGCUUGGGCACAUUUUGGCCAGCGACGGUCCAGUCCGGCACAGGCUAGAAUCAGUGGCCAACGAGGUCUCAAAAGCAGUCGACAAGGAACUGCAGGUAUUGCUGUUUUCAUUUUGCUUUUCUAUUGUUCAUUUAUUGCAUUUAAAAACCCCACUUUUCUUCUAAAGGAGCUCAAGGGCGGCAUACGUUGUUCUCCCCACUCCUUGUUUUAUCUCCACAACAGCCCUGUGGGGUAGAUUGGGCUGAGCAGUUGUGCAUGGCCCAAGGUCACCCAGCGAGUGCCCCAUGAUCUGAACCCAGGUCCUAAUCCAUGCUUCCUCAAACUCAGCCCUCCAGGUGUUUUUGGCCUACAAUUCCCAUGAUCCCUAGCUAGCAGGACCAGCGGUCAGGGAUGAUGGGAAUUGUGGUCUCAAAACAUCGGGAGUUUGAGGAAGCCUGUCCUAAUCCAACCCUCUGAUCCAGGCUCCCAACAGAAUAUUAAAAACACGAUAAAACAUCAAACAUUAAAAACUUCUCUAAACAGGGCUGCCUUCAGAUGCCUUUGUUUGUUUCCUUGACAUCUGAGGGGAGGAUGUUCUACAGGGCAGGCGCCACCACCGAGAAGGCCCUCUGCCUGGUUCCUUGUAACCUCACUUCUUGCAGGGAGGGAACCGCCAGAAGGCCCUUGGAGCUGGACCUCAGUGUCUGGACCGAAUGAUAGGGGUGGAGACGCUCCGUCAGGUGUACUGGGCCUUUGAGGCCGUUUAGGGCUUUAAAUGUCAGUACCAACACUUUGAAUUGUGCCCGGAAACGUCCUGGGAGCCAUUGUAGGUCUUUCAGGUGUUAUAUGGUCUCGGUGGCCUCUUCCAGUCAGCAGUCUGGCUGCCGCAUUCUGGAUUAAUUGUAGUUUCCGGGUCACCUUCAAAGGUAGCCCCACGUAGAGCGCAUUGCAGUAGUCCAAGACGUGAGAUAACCAGAGCAUAUUGAAGCAAGGGAAUAUAACCAUUUAUGAGCUCAUUGCUGCAACUGCUACCGAUUAAUUGUGGGGUUCUCUUUGACUACGAAGAUCAGGCAUAGGCAAACUCGGCCCUCCCGAUGUUUUUGGGACUACAACUCCCAUCACCCCUAGAUAACAGGACUAGUGGUCAGGGAUGAUGGGAAUUGUAGCCCCAAAACAUCUGGAGGGCCGGGUUUGCCUAUGCCUGACCAAGAUGGUGUUUGCAGAGCUUUUGGAACGGUUCACCAUUGGUUCAACACACCAAGAGGCUUGAAGAAGCCAGUGGUUGCCAUGGUGACCAAAUAAAUGGAGGAGAAGGCCCCUUGGGCCUUCGGGAACUGGUCAGCCCUCUGCAGGAACGCCCGUCGCCUUGCACGAAAGGGCGGGUUUGAUUCUUGAGAAAGACACCCGCCGUGCGGUUGGCAUCAAGGCAUCCCAAAUGCUCUUCUCUUGCCCAGCCGGCUGCCAUACUGUGCUGGGCUUGGGGAUAACACAAGUAAUGCAGUCCAGGUCCAGUCCCAAAUCCAAGGGUUCCGCAAGAAGUCAGUUCAACAGGGCCACGGCAGGACACAAGGCAGAAAACCAAGCAAGGCCAGGAUCUCAGGCAGGUUCUGGCAAACAGCAAUGUUCCUCCCGCAACCUGGGGCAGGGUCCGACAGCCUUUUACCUUCGUCGGGUUAGCGGUCGGUCCUGAUCCCUUGGCGACUCACCUCCCUGUUUCACCCGAAGGCGAGCACUCUCCUGCGAGUACUCAGGUCUCUCCUUCUCUCAGACCUUAGUCUCUGCAGCUCGGGAGACGUCGGUGGGUUACUAGACCCAGAGGCCGCCUCAGCCUCUCCUGACCCAACCAGUAGUGGAGCAGCUGUAAGUGAUGGUCCAGCUGAAGGCAACGAGGUAAUCCCCACAUCUGGAGCCAGGGCAGACUCAGGCCCCUGACUCAACCCAGCUGAUGCUUGUCGCAGGGGAACCUGUGCAGACUGCGGCUCUUCAGAAAAAAGCCCCAGACUUGGUUCAGAUGCCGCCUGGGGCAAAGGACUGAGUGCAGACUGAGACUCUUCUGGUUCCGAGCCCGAGUCCCAGGCCAUCACACCUGCUUCUUCUCUCCCCUCUGCAGGUGAUCCUGGAGUCCAUGGUUUCCCUCACCCAGGAACUGUGCCCACACGCCGUCCAGGCGGCGGAAGAGCACAACAAGAUGCUGGCGGCCGUUUCGGAGCGCGUCACCGUGCCCCAAAACUUCAUCCGGGGGGCUCUGCUGGAGCAGGCUGGGCAGGACAUUCAGAAUAAGCUCAAGUGAGGAGCAGGAGGGCACAGAGGGGAUGCCAUGCGGGGACUGAGAAUGGCGCUUUUCACAGACAAAGCAGGUUCUCUGCCACUGAGCUACCGCCCCACAAGCUUGGGGGGGGGGGAGGCAGUCAUGCUAUCUGAAGUGGGGCCUGGCCAGGGCCGGAUUUAGGUUUGAUGAGGCCCUCAGCUACUGGAGGCAAUGGGGCCCUUUAUAUGUCCAGCUGUCCUUUGUCAACCACAAAUUGCCGCUGUUUUUUGUGUUGAAUGUAUGCUGGAUGGUAAUUUAUGGACCUAAUAGGUACCCAAAGCCAUUUGCACAUAACAAAAUAUGUAUUGUAUCAAAGUAAUUGUUGAAUUCAAAUACAAUUAAGAAGAAGUAUAUUAAUAGUGAAAUACAGUAGAACCUCGACUUAACCACCACCCCUACUCUCGAACAAUCCGACUCGUGACUGCGGCAAACCCGGAAGUAAAUACCGGGUUUGCCACGAUUCGCGCACGUGUAGAACGGCGCUUCUCCCAGCGACCCGGAUCGACUCACGAACGGACCUCCGGAACGGAUUCCGUACAUGAGUAGAGGUUCCACUGUACAAUUAAGGAGAAGUAUAUUAAUAGUAGGGAUGUGGGUGGCGCUGUGGGUUAAACCACAGAGCCUAAGGGUUGCCGAUCAGAAGGUCGGCGGUUCGAAUCCCCAUGAUGGGGUGAGCUCCCGUUGCUCGGUCCCUGCUCCUGCCAACCUAGCAGUUCAAAAGCACGUCAAAGUGCAAGUAGAUCAAUAGGUACCACUCCGGCGGGAAGGACAACGGCGUUUCCGUGCGCUGCUCUGGUUUGCCAGAAGCGGCUUAGUCAUGCUGGCCACAUGACCCAGAAGCUGUACGCCGCCUCCUUCGGCCAAUAAAGCAAGAUGAGCGCUGCAACCCCAGAGUCGUCCGCGACUAGACCUAACAGUCAGGGGUCCCUUUACCUUUACGUAUAUUAAUAGUGAAAUAUUUAUUAAGCUCUAACUUAAAAUGAUUUUUUAUUCAUAACAAACUUAAUAAUGCAAACACAUUGGCAUUUGGCAAUAACAAAAGUUCCUUUAGAAACACAAUUUACAAAGCCUCAUGAUCUAGUCUCUAGAAACUUGCUGCAACGUGAAAUAAUAAUAGGUGUAAAUAUAUGAUGCAAACUAGUAAUAAUUAUAAUUAGCUUUAUUAAUACGAAAUGAAGUGUGUUAUAACUUGUACAAUGCAAUUGUAGUUAAUACAAUGCAUUUUUUAUAUAAUAUCAAUGUCACCAUAGUAGUCAACUAAUGGGCGGGGCCCAUUACUUACAUCAUAGGAGCCUACACAACACAAAACACUGUAGGUUUUGUUUUAUUUGCUUUUUGUCUUAUAUUUUGGAAGUGUACAUCCAGGUUUUUUUCCCUUUAAUUUAUUUGGGGCCCCUAAGCUAUAGCUUGUUUAGCUUAUAUGUAAAUCUGUCACUGGGACUGGCACAGGGGUUUGGAAGGGGGGUACGCGAACCUCUCUGACCCUCUCUAUCUCUGAUCCCACGCCCAGCGAGGUCAAGCUGUCGGUGGUGACCUACCUGACCAACACCAUUGUGGAGGAGCUGCUGCAGGAGUUGUACUACGCUCACAAGAGUCUGGUGAGAGCAAGCCCCAUUCCGCCCCUAAUUACACCCCCCCGGGGGUUCAUUUAAUCCAGGGCUCAGUGCUAGAAACAGUGCUGAGGGGGCAUUGGACCAGGCCUCAGCCCUGACCUCUGCAAAUUGCUACCUAACCAACUCCCCCCAGGGCAUGUGCAGAGUGCUUGGCCAAUAGCGCUAAGCCAACGCAUGGAAGCCUCCCCCCGCCCCGGAAUUAGCAGGGACAAUGCCCCUUUCACUAUCUUAUCAGGAGAGGGAACGAAUUCAGGCAAGUGUACCGCAAAACCCGCUGUAAUUGUGUCCUAUAUGUAUGGGUUCAAUCGAUUCCACUUACAAGUCUCUUCCCCUAAAAGUAUCUCAAGCGAUUUCUCUGUAGAAUCAUAGACUUGGAAGGGAGGGUCACCUAGUCCCACCCCCUUCAAACGCAGGGAUAUGCAGCAGGAAUCGAACCCGCGACCUUGGCAUUAUCAAAAGCCAUUCAGUGUGUGAAAAGAGCAGUUGAAAAUAACUUCAGAUGCCACCUAUAUAUAAUAUAAUAAUAAUUUAUUAUUUGUAGCCAGCCCAUCUGGCUGGGUCUCGCCAGGCGACAAAGAUUAAAAAUACAUUAAAAUGUCAGACAUUAAAAACUUCCCUGAACAGGGCUGCCUUCAGAUGUCUUCUAAAUGUUAGGUAGUUGUUUAUCUCUUUGACAUCUGAUGGGAGGGUGUUCCACAGGGCGGGCGCCACUACCGAGAAGGCCCUCUGCCUGGUUCCCUGUAGCUUUGCUUCUCGCAAUGAGGGAACUGCCAGAAGGCCUUCAGAGCUGGACCUCAGCGUCCGGGCAGAAUGAUGGGAGUGGAGACGUGCCUUCAGGCAUAUGCUGACGCUCACCUGCAGGCCUUCCUCUCUCUUGCAUGGGGGAGGCCUCCCUCUCCUCUCUCAGCCCGUAAUGCCUCCCCAAUCUCCUCCCCAACCUCAGGCCCAGCACAUCAGCCACCUCCGCCGGCUUUCCGAGGGCCAAGACAACGCCGCCCUCCUGGAGCAGGUUGGGAAACCCCGUCUCCACGACCACGAGGAGACCACGGACGACGAGCUGGGCUCCAGCAUUGUAAGUGGGUGAGCUCUGGGGAGGCCCCAGGCUCCCAUCUAGCCCUGGAAGGGUUCGCCUGACCACUCUCUCGUCUCGCCCCAGGACACCAUGGCCAUCAAGAGGCGGAAGAACUGCCGCAGGAUCCGGCCCGCUUCUGCUUUCAUUAGUGAGUGCGGGAGCUGCUUGCCCCGAACGCCACCCUCCCAACCAUACAUUUCGCCUCUGGGGAUGGGCCGUAGUUCAGUGGUAGAGUGUCUCUUUUGCAUGCAGUCUCAAUUCCCAUUGAUGCCAGCUGGGGCUGGAAAACCCUGGCCAGUGUGGGCCAGGGGUAGCCAACACAGCGCCCUCUGGAAGAUAGGGGGCUCCAGCUCGCAUCCUGACUGUUCGCCGUGCUGGUAGGGGCUGAUGGAGAUCUGGCUCCCAACAUCUGGAGCGUUGGCUACCCCUGGUGUACCCCCAGAUUCCCAGUCACUGGACUACAACUCCCAUCAUCCAUGUCCGUUGGCUAAGCGGUCCAUGGACGAUGGUCGUUGUAGUCCAAGCAACGUCACGGAACCCAAGGUUGAACCCGCUCCAAAUGUCUAUAUAUUUCCCCCCCAACCAAGUCUGCAUCUAUAAGCAGUCCGCUCAUGUGUUGUGAGUGUCGUCUUGUCAUCAAUCCAUUCAUUAAAGGGGAUCAUAUCUUUUUAUUCCUCCACCUCAUCAAUAACUCUCCAUUGGCCAAAUAUAUAUUCCCACUGUGGAAUAUAACAACACAAUAAAAUUCAGAACAGAAACAUUUAAUUGCACGUUCUUUUUUCCCUGAAAUCCAAUUGAAAAUCUUUAACGAAUUCACCAAAGCUAAUGAACUUGAUGCGGUCAUUCCAGCUCUUUGACACCCGAUAGUCAUUUAAUAAUAAUAAUAAUAAUAAUAAUAAUAAUAAUAUAAUAAAUAAUUUAUUAUUUAUACCAUCAGUUUGAUUUGAGUUAAUUUUAUAAUGAAUGAUUUUGGUAUGUUGUACUAUUUUAUUGUUGUUAACUGCCCUGAGCCCGGCUUCGGCUGGGGAGGGCGGGAUAUAAAUAAAAAUUAUUAUUAUUAUUAUUAUUAUUAUUAUUAUUAUCAUUAUUAUCAUUAUCAUUAUUAUUAUUAUACCCCGCCCAUCUGGCUGGGUUUCUCCAGCCACUCUGGGCAGCUUCCAACCUCCAGCAUGCCCCCUAGGUAAUACCACUACCCCCCACUUUGAGAACUGCUGCUGCAGCCGAAGCCCAUCACUGUUUCUUCCAUUGCAUCUGAAAAUGCCCACCCUGUUGCAAGGCACGCUUCCCCCCCGUCCCUCCCCUCUUAAGUGGUAUAGUCUUUCCAACCAGACAGACCCCCAUCCUCUUUUUGCAGGUGGUUCUGAGCAGGACGGCGACCUGGUCGUGCCCAGGAUGGACUCCCCGCUGGGCUGGAUCUCGCUGGCCAGCAGCAGCCAAUACUUGCAUUCCCGCAGCACGUCCUUCGAAGCGCUCUCUGACCUGCCGACGGAAGGGGCCCGGCUGGAACACCGCACGCGCAGCCGCCCCCGGCCGCCCCGUGCCGCUCCGCAGGGCAGGUUCCGGCCCAAUGUGAGUAUCCUGCACACGAGCCCCUGCGGCUUCCAGCUCUCCUGUCUGCCUUUCCGUUCCUCCGCUUGCUAAGCUUCUCCCCCCAUUGCUUUCCCAUCCUUGCUGGGCGCAAAUUUGGCCUCUUGGUGUGAGAGGUGGGGCUGCACAAUUACUUAAGGCCUUUUGCAACUUGGCUGAUCUCAUGCCCAAUGCUAUCAUGUGGUGGCGAACUUCAAUGUCUAAAAUCCCUGGUAGAGGACAAGGAUCCCGAGAUCACGUUAAGGGUAGCCAAAUUCUGUGUGAUUGCCAUAAAACUUAGGGAACAAGCUGUGCUAUCAUAAUGAUCAAGGUUUUAAAUGAUAAUUUUAGGUUACCGUAUUUUUCGCUCUAUAAGACGCACCAGACCAUAAGACGCACCUAGUUUUUGGAGGAGGAAAACAAGAAAAAAAAUAUUCUGAAUCUCAGAAGCCAGAACAACAAGAGGGAUCGCUGCGCAGCGAAAGCAGCGAUCCCUCUUGCUGUUCUGGCUUCUGGGAUAGCUGCGCAGCCUGCAUUCAAUCCAUAAAACACACACACAUUUCCCCUUACUUUUUAGGAGGGAAAAGGUGAGUCUUAUAGAGCAAAAAAUACGGUAUAUGUUAGUGACUAACUUUUAAUUUAUAUAUUUUUUAACUGUUGCUAUAUCUGUAUUGUCCCUGUUAUACCUAAUUGCAAAUUCAAAUGUAUCCCUAUCGUGUUUUAUGACUUUCUUGAUAUUUUAUGUGGGAUGGAACUGGUCUGUGACCGAAAUAAUAAAAUUCAAUUCAUGUGGUGGCUCAAAUCCCAGCUCAGCCCCGCCUUCCCACCCUCUGAAGCCCGCAUUUGGGGGCUUUCUGCUGGAUUCGGCCGGCAGAAGGGUCCCAGCAGAGGGGCAUCUUUGCCCCAUCCACACACACCAGCCUGAGGCAAAGGUCUCUCAAUUUCUCUUUUCGUCACCUCCCUCGUUUCCUGUCCACAACCGGUUGAAUUCACCCACUUUCCACUCACUUAGUUCCCUCAUUUCUUCCUUUUUUAAAAAAGUUUUUAUUUAUACUUUUUUCGACUUUAUACAUUUUGUUAAUUUUACAUUCAUUUUAACCUUUCAUAGUUUGACUUCCUUCCCCCUCUUUCUGCGGCUCCUUAAAUUUAUUUUUUAAUACCUUCCGCAUAUCCAAAUUCAUUUAAUUUGCUCAUUUAAUGAUCUAAUUUAAAUAUAUACUCUUCUGAAACUGCAGGUUAUUACAAUAAUCCUGCCAGUGUUUUUUUAUCUGUCAACAAUUUAUCUGUGAAUAUUUCCAUUUCCAUUCAUUUGUUUAAAAAAGUUUGUUAUCUUGAUUUCUUAUUCUUCCGGUAAGUUUCACCGUUUCUGCAUAUUUCAUAAGUUUCUGUAUCCAUUCUUCCUUUGCUGGGACUUCUGCUUCUUUCCAUUUUGGGGCAAGUAGCAUUCUUGCCGCUGUAGUAGCAUACAUGGAUAAAUUUCUAUACAAUUUAGGUAGUUCUUGUUGGUUUCUGCUUUCCUUCACUGUGCAGCUCUGCUUGUCACGAGACAGGUGUUUACAUUCCACAGUCUGUACUGUUGGAGUUUCUCACGGGAAAGGGAGACUGGAUGUGACGUACACUGGUUUCCUGUUUUUCACUGUGUGUUUCUCUCCGAGCUGUCGAGGAGAGAGAGGAUGCAUUUUCUGCUCCGGCAGAGGCAAGAUGUCUUUCUGUAAUAUACCAGCUUUGAACUGUAAAUAAAGCUAUAUAGAGUAUGCAGCACGUAUUCCUCAUCCUUCCGCUGGGCACGAGACUCUGCUUUAAUUCAACACGUGGUUAUGGACUCCAGAAGUCGAAUCGGAGUGCCGGCAAAGGAUCGGAAUGCAGAGGGACGGAUCGGAACGGAAUCUGCUCUGCGCGUAGAGGUGAUUGAUGAGGUAUGUGCUACUGCUCCGGGCAGCCUGCCAGCUUCAAGUUAAUGGCUUUAUGGCUGGACUUUGAACUUUUAAAGCCGGUUUUGCCGGGAAUAGGCAAAAGGCUCCCAGGCACAAGUUACUAUGCUGGGGAAAUCGAAAGUAACUUUUAAGUGCGCUUUUGGAGUAAGGCAGCUGCAGCAGUGACGCAGCAAGAUUUAAUGCAGCAUAUAUGACGCUGAAGGCUAAUGCCAGAGUCAUGAUGGCCCUUCAGGAUGCUUGUGGGAUUCCUAAGCUCAACAAGAAAAAUUACAGCGACUGGGUUCAGUAUGCAGAGGCAAUUCUGCGGAAAGAGGGUUUGUUUGAGGUGAUUACAGAAACCCCCCCAGUUCCAGUUACAGAUGCAUGGAAAGCUAAGGAUUCCAAAGCAAAGGGAACUCUUACAUUGAUAGUAUCCCCAGAAGAGCUCUGUCUAUUGCGUGAUAAGACCUCAGCCAGAGAAAUUUGGGACGCUUUGAGAGAGGCUCACUUAAGGACAGAAGCUGGAUCCACUAUGUUUUACUUUAACAAGCUGCAUAAUAUGGCUCUUGCUGAAGGUGGAGAUGUGCGUUUACAUCUGAUGGAGAUGCAAAAUCUGAGACAUGAGCUGCAACAGAGAGGACUCAACUUUCCAGAGGCUGUGUAUUCUUUCAUGAUACUACAAUCUUUGGGUUCAGGUUGGGAGUCUGUUGCAACCCAGAUUGCUGUGCAACCAACUGCUCAGCUGACAGUGGACUUUGUUACUGCCGUGAUUUUAAAUGAAGCAGAUCGCCGGGUGCUAGCUGCAUGGGCAAGGGGAGUCUUCACAGACGUCAUCCCAUAGUGCAGUGGAACCACCAGAUGGCGCCAAAGCUUUGAAGGCAGUGAAAUGCUACUCGUGUGGACGUCUAGGCCAUAUGAAGAGGGAAUGCAGACAUCCCAGGGCCAAGACAGAGCAGCGCAGCGAAAGCUCAUCGCGCGGAAAAGGCCGAGGCAAAGGCAAAGGUCCGGUGUCAAGGACAACGCAGCACAAGGCUAUGGUUUCACGCUUCACUCCAAAGGUUGCAGAGGUCCAGAAGACGUCUAGACCUUUCUUCGUUGUUGAUUCAGCGGCCACCCACCACAUGUGCAACGAUAAGAGACUGUUUGUGUCUUUUACACCGCAGGAAGGUGCGAUUCACCAGGCGGAUGACCACACUAUUCCCAGUAAAGGCUACGGAACUGUUGUUCUUCACAGUUUGGACUUAUCGAUACAGAAUGUGCUUUACGUGCCAGACGCCAAACAUAAUCUGCUCAGCGUUGGACAGCUGAAUGAGCGGAACAUUGACGUUUCCUUCAAGAACAAGAAGUGCAUCAUCACAAAGAAAAAUGAUUAUGUAUUGCAUGCAGAAUAUGUUGAUCGUUUGUUUGUUUUGUAUUAUGAUGAUGUGGUGCAGGAUGACACUUGUUGCAUUGCAGGUUCUAACAAAAGUUUGCAUGCAGAAUGUAUUCACGAUUUUCAUCGAAAAUUUGGUCAUUUGCAUUUUGAGGCAGUAUCUAAAAUGCCUGCCUUGGUUGAAGGUAUGACUAUUAAACCCUGCAGGUACCACAUGAAGUGCAAAGCAUGUGCAGCAAACAAGGUCAAAAUGGCUGCGAAAGGUAAGGUGUCUAGUAGGAAAGCUACAGAACCAUACCAGGUUGUUCAUGCUGAUUUGGUUGGACCACUAGCGCCCUCUUUGGGUGGAAAUAGAUACUUCAUGGUUCUCAUUGAUGCAUUUUCUAGAUAUAUUUUUGUGUACAAUCUCAAGCAGAAAUCGGAGGCUUUUCCUAGGUUCAAGGAAUUCUGUGCUUGGUUGGAAAAUGUGCAUGGUAAGAAGAUAAAGACUCUUUUCAGUGAUCGCGGGGAAUUCACUUCUCAGCAGUUUGAAGCUUUUCUGACUGAGAAAGGAAUUCAACACGAUUUGUCUAGUCCUCGCUCGCCAUGGCAGAAUGGACUUGCGGAACGGGCAAAUCAGACAUUGCUUCAAGGGUUAAAAACCUUGCUGCAUGAUGCCAAUCUUCCAGAGAGUUAUUGGGCCGAAUCUCUCUCGUGUUUUGUUUACAGUUACAAUCGCAGGUUAUCUUCAGCGAUUGGUUGUACCCCCUAUGAGAAGAUGUUUGGCAAAAAGCCAUACAUCAAACACAUGAAGAUUUUUGGUUCUGACAUGUGGGUUCGCUCACCACAAAACUCCAAGUUAGACAAGCGUGGAUUGCAUGGUAUCUUUCUAGGUUAUCAGAAAGGGUCUUACAGAAUAAUGAUGACUGACUCUAAGACAAUUAAGCUCACGAGAAGUGUUGAGUACAAUGCAAAGUGGGGGAGAAUGUGGGAAUUUUCCAAUGUUAUCCUGAUGACGGUGAUGAGACUGAGGAUAGUCAAAGCAACCACAACAACCCACACCCACUGAUGAAGGUUCUGAGUCUGAAUCUGAAACUGAAUCGGGUGAUUCAGAGGAUUUCGAGAGUGCGAAAGCCUCUAUGCGACCCUCUGAAAGCUCUGAUCAAGAAUUGGAGGAACCAUUGUUCACAAUAGGUCGUUUUUCUCCUAAGAAGGAAGAGGAGAGUGUUGAAGACUUAAGGCUAAUUCGUAGGUCACAGAGAGCCACAAAAGGCAAACCUCCAAAGAGAUUUGCUGAUGAGUUUGCUAAGAUAGCAGUAACAGCUGUUAAAAGCUCCAAGAAGGUAUUUGAACCUUCAAGUUUCCAAGAAAUCCAGGGUUUGGAUUCGAAGGAAGCUGAGCCAUGGUUAAAUGCCAUGAAGGCUGAGCUUGAUUCCUUAGAAAGGAACAAAACAUGGGAGCUAGUUCCAGUAGUUCCAGGAAUGAAACUGCUUGGAAGCAAAUGGGUCUUCAAAGCGAAGACAGAUCAAAAUGGCAAGAUAGUCAGACACAAAGCCAGAUUGGUAGCCAGAGGUUUUGCACAGGUACCAGGUGAAGACUAUCACGAGACCUAUUCACCCACAGUGAGAUAUGAAAGCAUUAGGCUUAUGCUCAAGCUAGCUGCAGAGGAAAAUCUACACAUUAGUCACCAUGAUAUUAAUACAGCUUUUCUGUACGGAUCUCUAGAUGAAUCACUUUAUAUGCUUCCACCUGAUGGCGUACAGGUAAAACAGGGAUUUGUUUGUGCUCUGAAGAAAUCCCUUUAUGGUCUCAAACAAAGUGCACGGUGUUGGCACACAAAACUCACUGAAGUAUUGUUUUCUCUAGGUUUUCAGCAAGGGAAAGCUGAUCCAUGUGUAUUUGUCAAAGAGGAGGGGCAAAAGAAGCUGUACUGUUUGUUUUAUGUUGAUGAUUUAUUAUUCUUUUGGAAAGAUGUCGCAAUGUACAAUAACGCCCUAGCUCAACUGAAGGAGCACUUUGACAUGAAAGAUCUUGGUGAGGUAAACAACUACCUAUCUCUGGAAAUAGAGAGAGAUCAAGAUGGUAACAUUCUAGUACACCAGUCACGGAAAAUUGCUGAUGUGUUAAGCAAACUAAAUCUGAUGGAUGCUAACCCUGUAGACACACCGAUGACAACAGGUUAUCAGGUAGAUGACACUGAAGAAGCAUUUUCUGACACUACACUGUACAGGAGUGUGCUAGGCAAGCUAAACUUCAUUGCCAGAUGUUCAAGACCAGACAUUGCUGUUAGCUGUAAUUUGCUAAGCAGACAAGUCAACAAUCCUAGUGUCAAGGAUUGGAAAGCUCUGAAACGCAUAGCGCGGUAUUUGAAAGGCACUAUGCAUUACAGACUGAGAUUUAACAAUCAGAAGUCUGGUGGUCUUGAGAUAUUUGCAGAUGCAAGUUUUGGAAGUGACGCUACAGACAGGAAAAGUACAUCUGGAGUUUGCUACAUGUACAAUCAGAGUCUGUUUGAUUGGUCAUGCAAGAAGCAAACAACAGUUAGCUUAAGUACUUGUGAAGCUGAACUGAAUGCACUGUCUUAUUCACUUAAGGAUUGUGAAUGGUUAGUACAAUUGUGCAAAGAUAUGAAAAUUCCUGUCAAAUGUCCAAUCCAGGUUUACCAGGACAACAAAGCAUGUUUGGCUUUGCUGAAGUCUGAAGGUUGUAAGCAAAGCACAAAGCACUUGCAAUUAAAGUUGCAGCAUGCUAGGGAAUGUAUUCAGAAGGGACUCGUAACGGUGUCCUAUAUGCCAGGUAAUGAAAUUCCUGCUGAUGUAUUGUCCAAGAUUGUAUCAAGGGAUCAACACUGUACCUAUGUGCAGAAGUUGGGUUUGUACUGACAUUGUGCAAACACGCUGCCCAGUGAUGUUCACAGAAAGGGGGAGGAUGUUGGUUUCUGCUUUCCUUCACUGUGCAGCUCUGCUUGUCACGAGACAGGUGUUUACAUUCCACAGUCUGUACUGUUGGAGUUUCUCACGGGAAAGGGAGGCUGGAUGUGACGUACACUGGUUUCCUGUUUUUCACUGUGUGAUUCUCUCCAAGCUGUUGAGGAGAGAGGAUGCAUUUUUCUGCUUCGGCAGAGGCAAGAUGUCUUUCUGUAAUAUACCAGCUUUGAACUGUAAAUAAAGCUAUAUAGAGUAUGCAGCACGUAUUCCUCAUCCUUCCGCUGGGCACGAGACUCUGCUUUAAUUCAACAGUUCUGUCCCAAUAAUUCCCAAAAGAAAAGCUUCUGGGUGUUUUUUUUUUGUUUGCUUGUUUUUACAAAGGUUAUUUUGAACAUCCUUUUCAAUUAUAUGUCAUUUCCCAGUAAGCUUUAAUCUUAUUACAAGACUAUCACACAAGACCACCACCUCAUUUAUUUCCUCUGCCUUAUGGUGCUGGAGGAGACUCUUGAGAGUCCCAUGGACUGCAAGAAGAUCAAACCUCUCCAUUCUGAAGGAAAUCAGCCCUGAGUGCUCACUGGAAGGACAGAUCCUGAAGCUGAGGCUCCAAGACUUUGGCCACCUCAUGAGAAGAGAAGACUCCCUGGAAGAGACCCUGAUGUUGGGAAAGAUGGAGGGCACAAGGAGAAUGGGACGACAGAGGACGAGAUGGUUGGACGGUGUUCUCGAAGCUACCAGCAUGAGUUUGACCAAACUGCGGGAGGCAGUGGAAGACAGGAGUGCCUGGCAUGCUCUGGUCCAGGGGGUCACAAAGAGUCGGACACGACUAAACUACUAAACAACAACAACAAAUUCCCAUUUUAUAUUCAUUUGCCCAUUUGUAGGUUCUGUAGGUUGCCUUCUUGUUACCUUUAUUCUCCCAUUCUAUGUGUUCUUUUUAACAAAUCCAUGCACUUUUUUCCUCUUCCUCAUUCCCAUUUUCCAACUUUCGGUUCGUUCACCCUUUGAACCAAACCGAACUCUAGAACAAUACAAAUCGGAUGUACCUUUUUCAAACGUUCCUAGACAGGAAGUCUCGUCCACUGAAGGUGGGACUUCCUCUUUCCCUUUAGACUUAUGAAUAAGGAGGAGAUGUUCCUUGUGAACUAGGCGGUGCAAGAUAACAAGGCAUUCAUCGUCCUUCCCCAUUUCAGAACCGAAUCCUGGGCUCUAUAGAGUCCCGAGAACAGGAGAACGGGUCGGUGCCCCGACUGGACGAGGGUCUCGAUGAAUUUUUUAACAGGAGGGUCCUUGCCGACAAUACCGGGUGAGCCUCAUUAUUAUUAGUUUUUAUUUAUUAAUUUAAUUUAAUUUAUAUCCCGCCCUAUAUCUCAACUAGUCUCGACUAGGGCCAGGGCCUUUUCAGUAGUGGCCCCGACUUGGUGGAACGCUCUGUCACAAGAGACUAGGGCCCUGCGGGACUUGACAGAGCUGUUCCGCCUGGCCUUUGGUUUGGACUCAGUCUGACCCUUAUGUUUCCCACCCCUUAUGGUUUUGAUUUAUGGGCUACUAUUAAAAUGAGGCUGCAUUUGAAAUUGUAUUUUAACCAGUAUUUUAAAUUGGUUUUUUCUACUUCUUUCCGCCCCCCUAUUAUGUUUUUAUUGCAAUUUUACUGGUGUUAGCCGCCCUGAGCCUGCCUCUGGCCAGGGAGGGCGGGUUAUAAUUUAAAAAUUAUUAUUAUUAUCUGGAGGUCUCAGGUCGGUUCACAGAAUAAAAUCAAGAUAUAAAACUACAAAAUACCAAAUAAAAAUAAAAACAGCAACCCUAUAGCCCCACCCUAAAAAAAACCAAAAACAUUUUAAAAGCACAUAGGAUGUCAAUCAAAAUCAACCAAAGGCCUGGUUAAAACGGAAUGUUUUUGCCUGGCGUCUAAAGGUGUAUAACGAAGGCGCUGGGCGAACCUUCCUGGGGAGAGCAUUCCACAGACGGAGCCACUGCAGAGAAGGCCCCCGUUCUCGUGUUGCCACCCUCCGGACCUCUCGAGGAGGAGGCACACAAAGAAGGGCCUCAGAAGGUGAUCUCAGGGUCCAGGAUGGUACAUAAGGGGAGAGGUGGUCCUUGAGGUAUUGCGGUCCUGAGCCGUUUAAGGCUUCAUAGAUCAAAAACAGCACUUUGAAUUGGGCCCAGAAACUCAUCGGUAGCCAGUGCAGUCGGACCAGGAUCAGUGUAAUAUCCUCAAACCGUCUUGCUCCGGUGAGCAACCUGGCUGCUGAAUUCUGCACCAGCUGAAGUUUCCGAACCAUCUUCAGAGGCAGCCCUGCGCACUGCAGUAAUCUAACCUUGAGGUUACCAGAGCAUAGACAACAGUAGUUAGGCAUCACCCCCUUCCCCACCCCCUGGAAUCUAUGCUUCCAGGUGUCACAAGAAAGCUGCAGAGAUAGCGCAGGAUAGUGCGCACCCCGGAAAUGAUCUCUUUCAGCUUCUGCCUUCAGAAAGAAGGUACAAGGUUAUAAAGACUAGGACUAGCCACCUAGGAAACAGUUUCUACCCAAAUGCGGUUUGGGUUUUAAACACAGUGUAAGGUAGUCUCUAUGGGACGUGGGUGGCGCUGUGGGUUAAACCACAGAGCCUAGGGCUUGCCGAUCAGAAGGUAGCGGUUCGAAUCCCCGCAACCGGGUGAGCUCUCGUUGCUCAGUCCCUGCUCCUGCCAACCUAGCAGUUCAAAAGCACAUCAAAGUGCAAGUAGAUAAAUAGGUACCGCUCCGGCGGGAAGGUAAACGUGCGCCACUCUGGUUCGCCAGAAGCGGCUUAGUCAUGCUGGCCACAUGACCCAGAAGCUGUAUUGGCUCCCUUGGCCAAUAAAGCGAGAUGAGCGCCGCAACCCCAGAGUCGGCCACGACUGGACCUAAUGGUCAGGGGUCCCUUUACCUUAAGGUAGUCUCUAUGGGAGUAUAUUGUAUUUAAUUAUGAGGUAUCAGAGUUUUUAGGGGGGUUAACCAGGCUGGGAUAGCUGGGAUAGCAGGCUUGUUGGUUUUUGAAUGUCCGAUGUAGAUUUUUUUCAAUUUCUUCGUUCUGUAUGGGACAAUGACAAUAAAGAUUAUCGUAUCGUAUCAGAAUUUGCAAUCUAGACGCCCCAGACGUCCUUUUUAUUGCACCUCCACAAUGGAGAAUUUUGAAAAAGUGCUAGUCCAGGGGGCCCCGUGGCUCUCCCCUCUGCAGCCACUGCAGCGCUCAAGAAUCAUAGAACUGGAUGGGACCCCGAGCGUCAUCCAGCCCAACUCCCCUGCAAUGCAGGAAUUGCAGCUGAGAUUCCCCUCCCUCAGUUCCUUCGCCUUUUCCCUCUCGCAGGUACCCUCGGACGCCCAAGGGCUGUGGGGUGAGGCCGGGACCCUCCGACCCCCUCCCGCCCCUCCAGAAGAAGAGGAGGAGGGGCCUCUUCCACUUCCGCAAACAUCGCAGCAUCAAGGGGGAGCGAGACCCCGAGGACCUGCCCCCCAGCCCUCCUCCGCCACCCAUGGGUGGGGACGACCAGAAGCCCCCCCUGCGCCCCUCGGGCAGCCAAGAGGAGGAGAGGCGGCUGGGGCAGGAUGGCCUGGGGACGGCUGUGCCCCUUCCGGGAAUGGGGGUCCUCGGCCCCAGAAGUGGGGUGAAGGGUCUGCCCAGCAGGGCUAAGCAGGUAAAGGAAGUCUCUGCUCCCGGGAAUGGCGGGAGGGUAGAAAGCAGGGGGCUGUCCAAGGAGUUCUUGCGUUUCAUUCGCUCUGCUCUCUUCUCUUCCCGCCCACGCCGCAAAAAGAGCUCCAAUCCUGACACGGGGAGGGCGGAGCCAGACUCCAAAGGGGCGGAGCUCCUGCAGCCAUCGCGGGUCCAAGGCGUGGCCCUGCCCGGAAUGGGACGUGCUAAGGGGUGGAGCCUGGAUGCCAAGCUGGAGGUAAUUGGUGGCUUACUGGGGAGGAGGCGGGGCUAGGCAAAUUCGAGUUGUCAGUGGCUGCCGGCCACUUUAGCAACCUGAGGCUGUUUGCCUCUGAAUGCCCAGUCCCCAGGAGAGGGAGAGUGUCGCUGUUUCUAUCAAUAUCAUCAAUUGAAACCCCUUUUGGGGAAUUUUUUGUGUGAAAACGGGAGAUCAGCAUGUGAUAGUUGCGUUUGAUGACUGGGAAAAUACCGGUCUAUGGGAAGUGGAAUAGUAUUAGAGUCAAAUGAGGUCGCGGGCAGGAUUCGAGAUGAAAGCAGCAGAAGGAAAAUGAUAAAAUAACUAUAACAGAGAAAGUUUUUGUAAUGGAUAAAGAUAUAAAGGUUUGGGAAGGAAAGGUUUGAGGAAAAACACUGUGGAGAUGGGUACGGGAAGUCGUCUUGCGGAACAAUGUAAUUAUUUGAUAUGAAGAUUAUUGUGAAAGCGUAUGAAAAGAUUAAUAAAACAUUCUACAGAAAGUGGAGUAGUUGGAUGUUGUUGUUGUCGUGGAGAAAAUGUUUUGAAUAAUUCAUUUUAUGCAACAGACAGAAUUGGAAGCCCUUUUUCUUUUCUUCUGUUUUCUUUCUUUCUUUCUUUCUUUCUUUCUUUCUUUCUUUCUUUCUCAUCACUUCUCUUUUUUAUCAUUUCCCCCUUUUAAAUCUGUCUGUCUCAAAAAGGCUUUAAUAAUAAUAAUAACUAGUAUGCAAAAAGGAGAGUUUCGCUGUUGCCCUGAAGUUCUGCUUGCGAACUUCCCAUUGGGACCCCUGUUUGGCCGCUGUGAGAACAGGGAUGCUGGACUUAGAUGACCCCUCCCCUCCCCCUUGGGCCUGAUCCAGCAACCAGCCUCCUCCGACGUUCUUAACCCACCUGCUUCCUCUUCCGGUUCUAGAGCGUGGACCUGGGGCGAGGAGGCAGCAUGAGGGAGCAGCAGAGAAGGCGCUCUUCGGACGACUCAGGUCAGCAUCCCACAACCCAACAACCCUUCUCCAUCGAUCUUCGCUCCUUCCUCGUCCCCCUCCCACUGCCCCCCCCAAGCAAAACUCUUAAUAAGAUGCUAUGAACUGGACUGAGCAGAAGACGCUUCCUUCUGCAUCAGUCGGGACGUUUCAUGCAUCUUGAAAUUUGCCUUGUUUCAAUAUUCACCCCCCCUCCAGUUCAGUUUUCUCAGGGCGCUUUAAAUCCCAGGGGCACGAUUCUGCCAAAAUUAAGCCCUACCGAGCUCAGUGAGGGAGCUGAGCAGCCCAUGGGGACUCAAAGGUGCGCAAACUAGGCUGAAUUGUGCCCCAAGAAUUUUAGUCUUGCUUGCAAAAUAAAUAAAUGUGUGUACCCUUUCCCCCUUCCCCCCAAAAACGAUCAAAACCACAGGUUUUAGAAUGAUCUGAUUUAUUAUUAUUAUUUUGCACGGGGUGGUGGUGGUGGAAUUCUUUGAACAACUUGAAGAACUGGGGAGGGGAUGUACCGUAUUUUUCGCUCCAUAAGACGCACCUGACCAUAAGACGCACCUAGUUUUUAGAGGGGGAAUGCAAGGGGGGGGGGAAUUCUUUAAGGGGAACGCUGAGCAGAGUCUGUACGCAUCCCAGGCUCUGCUCAGCACUCCCUUUCACAGCCCGUCACUAAUGGGUAGCCCUUCUCCAUCCUCAGGGAAAAGCCCCCAAGAGCCGCACACACGCUCUUGGGGGCUUUUCCGGGAGGUGGGGGAAGGGACAGAGCGUGGCUAAGCCAGAAGCUAGAGCAGCAAGAGGGGGCGCAGUGAUCCCUCUCGCAGCUCUGGCUUCUGGGAUAGCUGUGCAGCCAUAAGAUGCACACACAUUUCCCCUUACUUUUUAGGAGGGGAAAAGUGUGUCUUAUAGAGCAAAAAAUACGGUAUUUGGAUCUAGAAUACCUACAACUGCAAUUUUGGCCCCAUGUUUUAAGUGUGUGCGUGCAGGACUGCAGCUCUGGCUGAGAUAGAAAGAUGGACUUUUCUGUUUUCUGAACCCCACAGGGCAAGCGGGGUGGAGACCUCACCCCCCACUGCAGAGCACCAAGCCAAGCUUUGCCACCAUUCGCCGGGCAGAAGCCAGCUGGGACAUAGGUGGGCAUGUGAGGUUUUGUGAGUUUCCUGGGUAAGAUCACGGCCGACGGCUCAGAUGUGAUGCUCUUCAAUGUGAUGCGUGGUUCUUGUUUUAGGGAGCCGGCCUCACCCUGUCCCCUAAAACAAGCAGCUCCCUCGUCCAGAGCCCCCUUAGCCUGGGUCUCCUGUGCUGUGUUUGUAUCUACAGGUGAAACUCAGAAAAUCAGAAUAUCAUGGAAAAGUUCAUUUAUUUCAGUAAUUCAACUUAAAAGCUGAAACUAAUAUAUGAGAUAGACUCAUGACAUGCAAAGCGAGAUAUGUCAAGGCUUUCAGGCCAAACAAGCACAGUAAUCCCAUGGGCAUUGAACCAGGUUUUGGUACUUUUGGCAGUGUGGGCAGCUGCCAAAGUCCUACUGGAAAAUGAAGUCAGCAUCCCCAUAAAGCUCAUCUGCGGAAGGAAGCAUGAAUUCUCCAAAAUCUUCUGGUGGAUGGAUGCGUUGACCCUGGACUUAAUGAAGCACAGUGGACCAACACCAGCUGAUGACAUGGCUCCCCAAAUCAACACAGACUGUGGAAACUUCACACUGGACUUUGAGCAUCUGGCAUCGUGUGCCUCCCCAUUCUUCCUCCAGACUCUGGGGCCUUGGUUUCCAAAUGAGAUGCCAAAGCUGCUCUCAUCAGAAAAGAGAUUUGGGGAGCCAUGUCAUCAGAUGCAUGCUUCUACUUCUCAGAGGUCCAAUAUUGCUCUAUUUGCAAUCCUUGUUUUGCUUCAUUUACUAUUCUAAUUUUCUGAGAUUGUUAGUUUGGGGUUUUCAUCAGCUGCACCCCAUAAUCAUCACAAUUAUAACAAAUAAAGGCUUGACAUAUCUCGCUUUGCAUGUCAUGAGUCUAUCUCAUAUAUUAGUUUCACCUUUUAAGUUGAAUUACUGAACUAAAUGAACUUUUCCACGAUAUUCUAAUUUUCCAAGUUUCACCUGUAUAUUUACAGCAUUAAUUCCCCGUUCUUCAGCUAAAAAGACUCUCAGAGCGGCUCUAAGGCAACCCCUUCCCUCAGGCGCACAGUCUCUUAAAAAGACACAGUACGCAAGGAAAGGCGGGUGCGGAGGGAGGAGGAAAAAGCAAGCCGAAGCACAACUCCUUAAGUUUCAGCCAAUGUUAGUUAGCCAAUGCCAGCAGCUAUCUUGCCCCUUGAUGAAAAGCAGUUCCUCCAUUUCCCAGGAGCAGAACUGGCAGCCCUGAAUCAGAAUUCAUGGAAUCAUAAGUUGUAGAGUUGGAAGGGACCUCUGAGGGUCAUCUAGCUCAACCCUCUGCAAUGCAGGAAUCAACAAGGCAGGGCAGCUCCUGCCACCAGAUUCUUCCCCCCCAGACAUCCCUUUACGCUUCUACUAGGUAGAAGGAAAUAUUUUUUAAAAAAGGAUUUGCCACAUGCACCUCAUUUUCCUACUCCUGGUCGCCAACAGCUGAAGAAAGCACGCCGAGGGAGAGCAGGGGACAGGAACCCCUCAGAGACACCCCCCCAGAAGAAACGGACGAAAGGGCCGUUGCCGUGGCAACACCGACCUCCGAAAAGGACCGACCGACGCCGCCAGCCAAGGCAAGCAGCCCUGCUGAACAAUGUAACACAGCACGAUGGCCAAUAGCAAUGGCACUAAACGCUAUUUAUAGACUAAUACAAAUGAUCAGAAAUACAGCCAAGGUCUCUCAAUCUUCUUCCCCAGUCACGGUAGAAUAAUUCAAAAUGGGAUAUAUACAUAAUCUGUCACCGAAUAUUGCCAGAACAGAGUUUCCGGAUAACCAAUCUGUUUCGUUCAAUGCUUCAUCAGCCAAUCUUGAUCAAUUCUUUGUCAGCCAGACUUGUAAGAAUUAAUAUGAGAAGGAUGCAGUUCAAUUUGGCUUGGACUCAGUCUGACCCUUAUGUCUUCCCUCCCCUUAUGGUUUUGAUCUAUGGGCUACUUUUAAAAUGAGGCUGCAUUUUAACCUGUAUUUAAAAUUGGGCCCCCCCCUUAUGUUUUUACUGUAAUUUUACUGGCGUUAGCCGCCCUGAGCCCUGCUCUGACCGGGGAGGGCGGGGUAUAAAAUUUAUUAUUAUUAUUAUUAUUAUUAUUAUUAUUAUUAUUAACAACCUGAAAUUGCAAUAUACAUGUGAUGAAAUCUGCGUCUGAAUAAAAUAAAGCGCAUAAUACAAUAUGUACAACUAAAAUAUGCUCUGAAUCAGUGCUCAUAUGAUACUGUAGUCACUGAUGCUAGUAUAAAGUUGUAAAGAACAUAAUAUAGUUAGCCACACGUGAAACUAAUAUGCUGUAAGGGAAAUUAAAGACACGGCACAACAUUAACAGCAAGAAGGCCUGACAGCCAGAUGAAAACAGUUGAAAACAGUCCCCUCUGGGAGAGUGAAAACUGCAGGCGAACUGGGCCUGUAGUACUGAUUUUCUCUCCUUGCCCCCCCUCGGCCCCCAAUUCAGUUGGGUUUUUGCCGUCAUAGAACUCAGCAGCGGGAGGACAGGAACCAAGCGAGAACGAGUUGGCUCUGCUGCUAGUUUGGCGCCAUCUACUGUUGGCUUCCCUCCCUUCCCCCUUGUUGUUGUUUAGUCAUGUCCGACUCUUCGUGACCCCUGGACCAGAGCACGCCAGGCACUCCUGUCUUCCACUGCCUCCCGCAGUUUGGUCAGACUAAUGCUGGUAGCUUCGAGAACACUAUCCAACCAUCUCGUCCUCCGUCGUCCCCUUCUCCUUGUGCCCUCCGUAUUUCCCAACAUCAGGGUCUUUUCCAGGGAGUCUUCUCUUCUCAUGAGGUGGCCAAAGUCUUGGAGCCUCAGCUUCAGGAUCUGUCCUUCCAGGGAGCACUCAGGGCUGAUUUCCUUCAGAAUGGAGAGGUUUGAACUUCUUGCAGUCCAUGGGACUCCCAAGAGUCUCCUCCAGCACCAUAAUUUAAAAGCAUCAAGUCUUCGGCGAUCAGCCUUCUUUAUGGUCCAGCUCUCACUUCCAUACAUCACUACUGGGAAAACCAUGGCUUUAACUAUACAGACCUUUGUUGGCAAGGUGAUGUCUCUGCUUUUUAAGAUGCUGUCUAGGUUUGUCAUUGCUUUUCUCCCAAGAAGCAGGCGUCUUUUAAUUUUGUGGCUGCUGUCACCAUCUGCAGUGAUCAAGGAGCCCAAGAAAGUAAAAUCUCUCACUGCCUCCAUUUCUUCCCCUUCUAUUUGCCAGGAGGUGAUGGGACCAGUGGCCAUGAUCUUCGUUUAUUUUGAUGUUGAGCUUCAGACCAUAUUUUGCGCUCUCCUCUUUCACCCUCAUUAAAAGGUUCUUUAAUUCCUCCUCACUUUCUGCCAUUAAGGUUGUGUCAUCUGCAUAUCUGAGGUUGUUGAUAUUUCUUCCGGCAAUCUUAAUUCCAGCUAGGGAUUCAUCCAGCCCAGUCUUUCGCAUGAUAAAUUCUGCAUAUAAGUUAAAUAAGCAGGGAGACAAUAUACAGCCUUGUCGUACUCCUUUCCCAAUUUUGAACAAAUCAGUUGUUCCAUAUCCAGUUCUAACUCUAGCUUCUUGUCCCACAUAGAGAUUUCUCAGGAGACAGAUGAGGUGAUCAGGCACUCCCAUUUCUUUAAGAACUUGCCAUAGUUUGCUGUGGUCGACACAGUCAAAGGCUUUUGCAUAGUCAAUGAAGCAGAAGUAGAUGUCUUUCUGGAACUCUCUAGCUCUCUCCAUAAUCCAGCGCAUGUUUGCAAUUUGGUCUCUGGUUCCUCUGCCUCUUCUAAAUCCAGCUUGCACUUCUGGGAGUUCUCGGUCCACAUACUGCUGUUGGCUUCCCUCCUUUCCCCCUUACCAAUCUCAAAUUGCGAGCAGGCAAUUUCUUUGCUCUCAUCUCAAGCCACAUUGCGCUCUACGUUUAAGCACACCUCCCUUGCGAGGGGGGUCACGGGCAAAACUGGACCCUGGUGCCUGGUGCAGACAGCGUUUCUGCACCAUCCCUAUUUUCUUUUAUCCAUUUUACCUCCUUGACUCUUUAGAGCCUAUCGACUUCCUUCCCUCUCGCCUCAUGGCUUUCAAAAUUAACUUUUAUGUCAUUGCCUUUUUGUACGUUUCCCAAUUCUGAUUGCACUCAUUGCUUAAUACAGUGGUACCUCGGGUUAAGAUCUUAAUUCGUUCCAGAGGUCCGUUCUUAACCUGAAAGUGUUCUUAACCUGAAGCACCACUUUAGCUAAUGGGGCCUCCUGCUGCCGCCGUGCUAUUUCUGUUCUUAUCCUGAAGCAAAGUUCUUAACCUGAGGUACUAUUUCUGUGUUAGUGGAGUCUGUAACCUGAAGUGUCUGUAACCCGAGGUACCACUGUAACUCAAAAUUUAAAUAAAUAUAGAAAGGUAGAAAACUUCUCCUUACAAGUCUUCGGAUAACCCUGCUAGUGAUGUUAAUUGCUUACAAUAAUCUUUCAGAUAUCGUAUAAAUUUACCCCAGUCCUUUUGGACUACUUAAUCUUGCUGGUUUCGGAUUUUUCCUGUCAGCUUCGCGAGUUCUGCAAAGUCCAUCAUCUUAACUGCCACUCUUCUUUCGUUGGUCCUUCUUGUUGUUUCCAUUUUAGGGCUAAAAUAAUUCUUGCCGCAGUUGUUGCAUACGUAAGCAGUCUUUUAUCUUCCCUUGGUAUCUCUUCACCCGCUAUACCCAAUAAAAAGGCUUCUGGUUUUUUUAACAAAAGUAUUUUUAAAUAUUUUCUUUAGCUCGUUAUACACCAUUUCCCAGAAAGCCUUUACCUCUUUGCAAGUCCACUACAUGUGGUAGAAGAUACCUUCCCUUUCUUUACAUUUCCGACACUCAUUGGUUCUUGUCUUGUACAUUUUAGCAAGUGUAGCUGGUGUUAAAUACCAUCUAUACAUCAUUUUCAUAACAUUUUCUUUAAGUGCACUGCAUGCAGUAAAAUCAAUACCUUCCUUCCACAAAGACCAUUGCUAUUUUCGGGACGGAUUCAGUCACAUAUCGGCUGACUCAGGUUGCAUCAUGAGGGUUGACUGGGAGCUGCUGCACAACGAACUCAAGAAAUUGGGCUUCUUCUCUUUUUUGCUAUGAGGAAAGUAACAGGGGAAGCGCAGGGCAAAAGUGUGGCACGCCAAAGCAAGUCCUUCUCACCUCCCCAUGAAGGAAUUAUGACAAAUGCCCUUUAAACAGCCCAUCUAAUUUCCCAUCAGAUCAAUCAACAUCCACACUCAGCAAACUGGUUCCCUAGAAGCACCCAAAAAAGUUAUUAGCAAGACAUAUGUCAGCAAAAUUCACCCAACCGAAGCUGGUCCCGGCCUGCCAGACGUUGGACUACAACUCCCAUCAUCCCCUGACCAUCGGCCAUGUGGGCUGCUGGGGAUAAAACAGCAACUGCAGGGGCACAGAUUUCACCAGCCCCGCUUAGGAGGCUGCCAGGAACAUCUCACAAAUUUAAGCAGGCCUUUGGCUGAUGCCCUUUUCAAUGUGUUGGCAAGAUUAUUGAGUUGUCUUUGUUUUCGUUACGUAUUCUUUGGGGUUUUUUUAUACGGUCAUACCUCGUGUUGCGUUUGCUUCAGGUUGAGCGUUUUCUGCGUCCCGGGGCGGCCUGGAAGUACCGGAAAGGGUUACUUCUGGGUUUCGCCGCUCUCGCAUGCACAGACGCUCAAAAUGACGUCACACGCAUGCGCAGAAGCGGCGAAUCGUGACCUGCACAUGCACAGAUGCCGGUUGCGUUCUGCUCAUGUUGUGAACGGGGCUCCGGAACGGAUCCUGUUCGCAACCAGAGGUACCACUGUAUUGUAAUUUUUAUGUUGUGAACCGCCCUGAGAUCUACAGGUAGAGGGCAGAAUAAUAAUAAUAACAAAUAACAAUAAUAGUAAUAAUAAUAAUAAUAAUAAUAAUAAUCAGUGCCUUCCCCCCCCCCAGUGGUACACAGGGGUACACAUACCGCUAAACAUUUUGUGAACCUUUGUACUUUUGUCCAUUUACUGUAUUCAUUUUCCCCCAAUUUGAACUACAAGAUGGUGAUUUUCUUGAGUCAAAAUGAAAGUACCCCUAAACAUUUUUAAAGGAAAAAAGCAAUAAUAAUAAUGAUGAUGAUGACGGUAGUGGUAGUGGUGGUGGUUCCUUACAUUGACCCUGCUGAGAUUGGCAGAAUUCCCUGCAGGCUUCUGCGUUUCACAGAACUCUUCUGCAAAAUACACUUCUGACAAUAUGAUCUGUUUGACUCCACGAUUCUCCUUUUUUUUUUUUUUUUGCAGCAAUUCAGGGAUCCCCCGCCCGCCCCUCGGCCUCCCAAGCCCGUCGCCCUCCCCCGGGGCCGGAAGCCCCCCAGCCAGCCCGAGAGGAGCCGCAGCAACGAGGAAGCAGGCGGCGCAGGAGGAGGGGCAGUCCCGGAGGAAACACGUACGUCCCCCCCAAUUGCCCAACCCCGACGCAGAGCUGAGGAGCGGGAGAACGAAGGUGACGUGAGACUGGGGCGGCAGGACCCGACCGGGCCUUCUUCUCUCCCCCUGGGAGUUUCUGGCGGAAGGAACUCCUUCUGGGGGCCACGGAUUCUGCGUGGUCCGUGGCUGUUUCCCUCCCUGCCAUAAAGUGGGCUCCUGCGAACAUCUCUCCAGGGUUUUUCAGGCAGGCCGUCUCUCCCAGCCCUACCUGGAAAUGCCAUCAGGGACUGGACCUGGGGCCUUCUGCCUGAAAAGCAGCCACCGAGCUGCAGCCCUUUCACGAAAGCUUUUGGAGUGGCAGUGUGGGGCAGUGGUUAGAGCAGUGGUUCGCAAAGGGUGUGGUGCCGGAGAGGACGGCGAGCGUGGCAGAAAGAUUCAAGGACAAUCAUGUAAACAUUUUCGCAUGCUGUAGGACGCGGGUGGUGCUGUGGGUUAAACCUCAGAGCCUAGGACUUGCUGAUCAGAAGGUCGGUGGUUUGAAUCCCCGCGAUGGGGUGAGCUCCCAUUGCUCUGUCCCUGCUCCUGCCAACCUAGCAGUUCAAAAGACGUCAAAGUGCAAGUAGAUAAAUAAGUACUGCUCCAGCGGGAAGGUAAACGGCAUUUCCGAGCGCUGCUCUGGUUCGCCAGAAGCGGCUUAGUCAUGCUGGCCACAUGACCCGGAAGCUGUACGCCUGCUCCCUCGGCCAAUAAAGCGAGAUGAGCGUUGCAACCCCAGAGUCAGUCACAACUGGACCUAAUGGUCAGGGGUCCCCUUUACCUUUCGUAUCAAAAUAUUUUGUUUUGUUUGUUUGCAGAAUACGGAUAGAUCCUUUUUCCAAAUGAGAGCAGGAGAGUACUGAGUGAUAACAGAGGACAAUACCAGCUGCGUUGUGUUGUGUGUUUUUUGCUUUCCAGUAUAUUGCUUAUCAAAGUUCAAUGUAUUUUUUUCUGAAAGGCACGGCCCAGAGAAAAACCUUUUGAGACUGACCGGGUUAGAGUGUCGGGUUAGGGCCUCUGCGAGACCAGGGCUCAAAUCCCCUUCUCCUUGCUCAGUCGGUGGAGCGUGAGGCUCUGAACCUCACGGACGUGGAUUCGAGCCCCACGUUGGGUAAAAAGAUUCCUGCAUUGCAGGGGUUGGAAUAGAUGACCAUCGGGGUCCCUUCUAACUCUGCCACUCUCUGAUUCUCUCAGCCUUGAGGCUCGCUGGCCAACCUUGGGGCGGUCCCUGCCUCCCUCGGCCUGAGCUGCCUCGCAGGUUAUUAUUGGGAAUAAUAAGGGGAGAAGGAGAACGUCGCCCGCCACAUUGAGCUCUUGGGUAGAAAAGUCAGGCUGCAAAUACAAUGAUAAAUAAGUUGGAGUUCUUGUUAUUAAAUAUACCAAGAAAUAAGCACACCAAGAACUCGGGCCAAUGUAAGUUUCAGUAGUGGGAGUGGUCCCUACUCACAACACAAUAAUUCGUUACUGGCUUCUAAUGCAUAAUUGACUUCUGAUUUCUGUUCUGUGAUUGAAACUGAGUCUCCAUCUGCAAGCUAAUAAAUUAUAAGGAUCAACAUUAUUGUCGAGUGAUAAAGAGAAAAUCUUUCUAACGAAUUAUUGUGUUAUACAUAUCUUUAUGAGUUAGAGUUUGUAAUCUUUGUUAGAAUUUGUAAUCUCUAUUUGAGUUUGUAAUUCUUGUCAGAAUACAUACUUUUGAAUGGAUUAGUAAAGGGUAAAGGGACCCCUGACCAUUAGGUCCAGUCGUGACCAACUCUGGGGUUGCGGCGCUCAUUUCGCUUUACUGGCCGAGGGAGCCGGCGUACAGCUUCCGGGUCAUGUGGCCAGCAUGACUAAGCCGCUUCUGGCAAACCAGAGCAGCGCAUGGAAACGCUGUUUACCUUCCCGCCGGAGCGGUACCUAUUUAUCUACUUGCACUUUGAUGUGCUUUUGAACUGCUAGGUUGACAGGAGCAGGGACCGUGCAAUGGGAGCUCACCCCGUCACAGGGAUUCGAACCGCCGACCUUCUGAUUGGCAAGUCCUAGGCUCUGUGGUUUAACCCACAGCGCCACCGCAUCCCUACCCUUGAAUGGAUUAGUUUUUGUUAUUGACUAUCGACUUGUGAGCAGGGACCACUCGCACUACUGAAACUUACAUCGGCCUGAGUUCUUGGUGUGCUUAUUUCUUGCAAAUACAAUGAGCCAAUAAAUUAAUGGCAACGUUCGCCAUGAGUACAUCUCCUAAUUCUCCUCCGGGGGUCUUUCCCGGAGAGGGGACGGCCUUUAAAUACCGUAAGCUGGCCCAAUUCCCACCUUGCGGUUCUGGAAAGCGCGGCAGAGAUGGGGGACAGGAGACGCAAGGCUCGCUGACCCUCCCUUUUUUUCCCCUUCCAGGGGACCCUGAGGUGGGAAGGAAGGCAGCCCCCCUCAAACCAAAGAGGACGCGCCGGGCGCAGUCGUGCGACAAGCUGGAAUCGGAUCGGGGCCGAAACCCAGGGUCUGGAGGUGAAGCCCUUCUUCCUACAAGCACGGAUCCUGCUUCCUGGCAUGGGAGCGGGGGGGGAUCUAAAAGGGGGUGCUGCACAUUCCCCCGCUGUCUGCCUGUUGCUUCUGCUGGGCUGUAAACACACCAGGCGCUUAAAGGACAUUUAGAGCAUGACUCUUCGCCCCCCCAAGCAUCCGGCAGAGGCCGUCGGAGAUUGAGGCCCUUCCACCGAGAGAAGGAAAGCAAGAAGACUCUCACCGGCUUGCUUUCCCAAAGCGGCCCUUGCCAGAUACAAUGCCUUGGAAGCUGGAGGCUCCAUUUUGGUGCCAGGGUAGCUGCGGAGAGGCCUUUUCGUUUCCCUCUGUACUGUGCUCACAACGUACCCAUUUGAAGCCCCCUGAGGCAGGACCGGGAGAAGGGGUCAGGUGCAGGCCAAAGCGGGGUUCAAACUUGCCCACUUCUCAUGGGGGCCAAAUGGGCACCCCCAAUGGGAAGGCAGCCAGCAGGGCCCAAGUGUAACAGCAGUGCCGCCCCCCGCGAGCCCAGAGUGGCAGGAGUCCAAUUGGGGGUGGGUGGGUACAGUGGGAGGGAACCCGGGAUGUCCAUGGGCUAGUCAUUGGGGAGCAGGGCAGUGUGGUGCAGUGGUUAGAGUGCUGCACUAAGGCCUGGGAGAGAGCAGGGUUCAAAUCCCUACUCUCAACCUAAUCUCGCAGGGUUGUUGUGGCAAUAAAAUGGGAAGGAGGAGAACGAUACAGGCUGCCACCUUGAGCUCCUUGGAUGAAAGUUGGGAUAUUAUUAAUGAUGAUUUUAUUAUUUAACGUGCUGCCCAUCGGACUGGGUUCCCCCAGACUCUCUGGGCGGCUUCCAGCAAAAUACUAAAACACCAUAAAACAUCAAAUAUUAAAAACUUCCCUAUACAGUCAUACCUCAUGUUACGUCCGCUUCGUCUUACGUUCUUUCAGGUUACGUCCUGCGGUGACCCGGAAGUACCGGAAAUGGUUACUUCCGGGUUUCGCCGCUCGCGCAUGCGCAGAAGCGCAAAAUGACGUCAUGUGCAUGCGCAGAAGCGGUGAAUCGCAACCCGCGCGUGCGCAGGCGUGCCGCCGCGGGUUGCAUUCUUUUCAUGUUGCGAACGGGCCUCCGGAACGGAUCCCGUUCACAACCAGAGGUACCAUUGUAUAGAUCUAUAUCAUCAUCAUCAUCAUUAUUAUUCUUCCUCCCUAGCUUGCAUGAAUCCUCCCUUGAGGACACUUUAAAUUAUUUUUAAAGUGUUGCGAUAUCUCACGUGCCAGUGGCGAACUUUGGGCUCUCCCAUAUCAGUGGUGCCGUGUGCAACGCUAAAACACCCCACCUCUCGCACUCCAUUCUGCAGAAUGGCCAUGGCGCCCCCACAGCACAGCCGAUCUGACCACGCGACCCAAAAACCUCCUCUGCUCACGUGCAGAACGCUUGGUCCCCGUGGCUAACUUCCUCUCGUCUCUCCCUUUCUCCCCGUCCUCCUUCACCACCUUCCUUCCCCCCCCCACCAGGUGCCAGCGACACACCCCUGCCUGACCCCCCUCCCGCCCCCCCUGAAUGCGGCCUGCACAGCUGGAACUCCCGCCCCGCUGUUUCCCACCCUCUCCUUCCUCCGGACCGGACCGCCGGUAAGAUUCCAGCACCUUCCUUUGCCCGUAGCGUGGGGGCCGACGAAAAUGAUUCACGCUCGGUUUUUUCUUCCCCCCUGCCCCACUCCUCUCUCUUCUCCCCCUUACAACUUUACAGCUCCCUCUUUCUUCAGGAACUCCCGAAUCUGGGACAGAAUGA